UGGGGAUACAGGGCUCUAAGCAGUAUCUCAUGUUUGUUCUUCUAGAAACCUUAAAAGAUUUAUCAAAUAUUUUAAGCUUAAGAAGUUAAAUGGCCAUUAGGUAGGGGACAGGGGACAGUGAGUGGUGGCAUUCACUAGCCCAGGGAGUGGCAGACUUUUUCUGUAAAGACUCAGAUAGUAGAUACUUUAGAUUUUGCAGGCCAUGUGGUCUCUGUUGCAACGACUCAAUUCUGCAUUGUAGUGGCAAGCAAGCAGCCACAGGCAUGCAUAAACGUGUGAGUAUGGCUGUGUUUCAAUAAAACUUUAUUUACAAAAUAAAUGUGGGCUGGAUUUCGCCCGAGGACUGCAGUUCGCCCCCUCCUGUGCCAGACAGUGAAUGUUUUUCUUGCUUGGGAGAGAAAAAGGAGUUAGAAACAAUAGAUUUGGUUUUUUAAAAAUGUAGUUUAGUUCUUAACAUUUGGAGAAAGAAAUGUGUAAAGGAAAAGAAAAGCAAAACAUUCAUCUUGUUCCACAAUGCAUGUCACUGCGAGUUUAUCGGGGCUUGUUCUUUCUAGUGGUCUUCAAGAAUCUGUUGUGUCUAGUAAAGGUUUCCUUAACCAUUUCUGUUACUGGGGAUAAAGAUGAUUUCCAGACCGAGUGCGGUGGCUCAUGCCUGUUAUCCCAACAUUUUGGGAGGCUAAGGCAGGUGGAUCACCUGAGGUCAGGAGUUCAAGACCAGCCUGACUGACAUGGAUAAACCUUGUCUUUACUAAAAAUACAAAAUUAGCUGGGCAUGGUGGUGUGUGCCUGUAGUCCCAGCUACUUGGGAGGCUGAGGCAGGAGAAUCACUUGAACCCGGUAGGCAGAGAUUUCGGUGAGCUGAGAUCGCAUCACCACACUCCAGCCUGGGUGACAAAAGUGAAACUCCGUCUCAAAAAAAACCCAAAAAAACAAAAAAGAUGAUUUAUAGUUUUCACAAAGAGAGUGAUGAACAUUUUGGAGUGGAAGCUUUAUCCAGCAGUUGUUUCUUUAGGCUUGCUUUCCAGAAGUGAAAUUUCUGGGUCAGAGGCUCUUGGUGCAGAGUGCCAAAUGGUGUUCCGGAAAUGUUUUACCAAUGGCCUCUCCUCCUAGCUUUGGACGAGAGGGAGCACCUUGGCCAGCCUUUGAGUGUUAUUUGAAAAAUCUUUCAUAUUGACUGUGGGAGGGAGGAGCUGACGUGUUGUCAUUGUUUCUAUUUGCAUUUCUUUGACUGCUAUCGGGGUUAAACCUUUUAAACAUUUAUUUAUCAUUUGGGUUUUCUCUUCCUGUUCAUAUCCUUUGUGCGUUUAUCUUUUAGUACCUCAGCAGCUUCUGCAAAAUUAAUCUCUAUGUGGUUUCAUCAAUGACUGCUGCUAACCCUUUGCCAAUUGAAUUUUGUUGUUGUUGCUCCGUGGUUAAAAUAGCCUGGGAUGUGUUUUGCUGGAGAAGCUUAACAUGUUUAUGGAGUUCAGAGCUGGAUUUCUGUGUGCCACUUCUGUACUUUGCACUUAGAAAGUCUUUUUCCACCCGUGAAAGAAUUUUUUCUCUACAUUUUACAUUUUAAUUACUUUUUCUUUUGGAGACGGAGUUUUACUCUUGUCAUUCAGGCUGGAGUGCAGUGGCUCGAUCCCGGCUCCCUGUAACCUCCGCUUCCCGGAUUCAAGCAGUUCUCCUGUCUCAGCCUCCAAGUAGCUGGGAUUACAGGUGCACACCACCACGCCCAGCUAAUUUUUGUAUUUUUAGUAGAGACAGGGUUUCACCAUGUUGGUCAGGCUGGUCUUGAACUCAUUACCUCAGAUGAUCCACCUGCCUUGGCUCCGAAAGCGCUGGGAUUACAGGUGUGAGCUACCUCACUCAGCCAACAGCCAGCUAAGUUUUGUAUAUGUCGUAGAGACAGGAUUUGGCCAUGUUGGCCAGGCUGGUCUUGAACUUCUGAGCUCAAGUAAUCCUUCCACCUUGGCCUCCCAAAGUGCUGCGAUUUCACGUGUCGGCCACCGUGCCUGGUUGUGCCUGAUGUUUCCAGUGAAUUCAACAUCUUUUUGCUGUUAGGAACCAGGCUUCUUGUGUCUGGGAGGUUGAGGCUGCACUGAGCUGUUUGUGCCACUGGGCUCCAGCCUGGGCGACAAAGCGAGACACUAUCUCAAAAACAAAAGAAAAAGAAAACAAAACUGAACAUAAAACAAAAAAGGGCUUGUUUUUCCAGUACUGGGGGUUUUGUCACCCAGGGAAGGUUCAACUAACACUUCCUGGGGUCCCGGUUCCUGGCAUUUGGUAUAUAUUUCAGCCACCAUUAGUAGUAGUAUCCCCAGGGGGCCUGCCAUGUCCUGAUAAUAAUUUCAAGAAAUGAUUGUGUUCAUUUUAUUUAUUUAUGAGACGGAUUCUCACUCUGUCGCCAGGCUGGAGUGUAAUGGUGCAAUCUUGGCUCCCUGCAACCUCCGCCUCCCAGGUUCAAGCGAUUCUCCUGCCUCAGCCUCCCCAGUAGCUGGGAUUACAAGCAUUACAUCACAGCCAGCUAAUUUUUGUAUUUUUAGUAGAGACAGGGUUUCACCACGUGGGUCAGGCUGGUCUCAAACUCCUGACCUCAGGUGAUCCAACCACCUCAGCCUCUGAAAGUGCUGAGAUUAUAGGUGUGAGCCAUCAUGCCCGGUCAAGAAAUGCUUGUUUUUUGAACUGUUGCCCCUGUCUUUGGAGAGCUUCAGCUUUCUUUCCCCUCUUCAGUUUCUUUUAUUGUAAAAUACACAUAGCAUAAUAUUUGCCAUCUUAACUUUUUUUUUUUUUGAGAUGGAAUCUUGCUCUGUCACCUGGGUUGGAAGGCAGUGGUGCAAUCUCGGCUCACUGCAACCUCCGCCUCCUGGAUUCAAGUGAUUCUCCUGCCUCAGUCUCCCCUGUGGCUGGGACUACAGGUGCUAGCCACCAUGCCUGGCUAAUUUUUGUACUUUUAGGAGAGAGGGGGCUUUGCCAUGUUGGCCAGGCUGAUCUCAAGCUCCUGGCCUCAAGCGAUACACCCACCUUGGCCUCACAAAGUGCUGGGAUUCCAGGUGUGAGCCACUGUGCCCAGCCUCAUCUCAACCAUUUUAAGUGCACAGUUCAGUGGCCUUAAGCAUGAUCAUGUAGCCAUGGCCACCACCAUCUCCCAAAUGUUCUCAUCCUCCCAAACCGAAACUCUGUCCCCAUGAAACACUCACUCCCUAUCUCCCUCUCCCAGCCCCUGGCACCCACCAUCCCACUUCCUGACUCUAUGAAUGUGAUGACUCUGGGGACCUCCUGUGAGUGGAAUCAGACAGGAUUUGUCCUUUUGUGCCUGGCUUAUUUCACUGAGCCUGAUGUCCUCAAGGUUCAUCCUCGUGGAAGCCUGUGUCAGACACUCUUUCCUUUUUCAGGCUGAGUCAUAUUCCAUUGUAUGGAGGGAGCACAUUCUGCGUGUUCAUUCAUCCAUCCACCGGCAUUGGGCUGCUUCCACAUUUCCGCUACCGUGAAUCACAGUGCUGUGAAUACCCGUUUACAUUUGUAGCUUUUCAAUGCCUGCAUUCACCUUGUUGCUGAGGCUUUCGGAGGCUUAUUUAUUUAUUUAUUUAUUUCUUGAGACGGAGUUUUGCUCUUGUCACCCAGGCUGGAGUGAAAUGACACAAUCUGAGCUCACUGCAACCUCCGCCUCCUCGGUUCAAGCAAUUCUCCUGCUUCAGCCUUCCAAGUAGCUGGGAUUACAGGUGCCUGCCACCACACCCAGCUAUUGUGUUUCUUAAUUUUUAGUAAAGACGGGUUUUCACCAUGUUGGCCAGGCUGGUUUUGAACUCCUGACCUCAGGUGAUCCACCUGCCUCGGCCUCCCAAAGUGCUGGGAUUACAGGUGGGAGCCACCGUGCCUGGCCCUACACUUGCAGCCAUUCAACGCCUGCAUUAACUUUGUUGCUGAGACUUUUGGAGGCUUAUUUAUUUAUUUAUUGAGAUGGAGUUUAGCUCUUGUCGCCCAGGCUGGAGUGCAGUGGUGCGAUCUCAGCUCACUGCAAACUUUGCGUCCUGGGUUCAAGCCAUUCUCCUGCCUCAGCCUCCUGAGUAGCUGUGAUUACAGACAUCUGCCACCACGCCUGGCUAAUUUUUGUGUUUUUAAUAGAGAUGGGAUUUUACCAUGUCGACCAGGCUGAUCUUAAACUCCUGCCCUUAGAUGAUCUAUCUGCCUUGGCCUCCCAAAGUGCUGGGAUUACAGGCAUGAGCCACUGCACCCGGACAUUAUUUAAUGUCUGAUGGGAUUUUUGAAUGCAGAAUAGAUUGAACCUCCAGAGGAUACUCCUCUGUCUUAGGGGCAGACAUAGGCUGGAGAAAGCUAUCCAUCAACCCCUCUUUUUCCCCAGAAUCUUCUCGGACACUUCUGUGAACAUCUGUGGUCGUCAGUUUUUUCUUCCACACUUGGCAGCUUCUGGAAGCAUCAGGGGAAUGGGUAACAUCUAGGAUGAAGGUACUUGUUUGUCCUUUGGACCUAGUUUAAGCAAUUCUGUGAAAAGUCCACGCCUUCUUCUACCUGUCCCUUAAGCAAUGAUGUUUUCUGCAGAAAGACCAAAGGAAGGCUUUCAGUGGUUAGGGGGCCGGGUGCGGUGGCUCAGUCCCGUAAUCCCAGCACUUUGGGAGGCUGAGGUGGGCGGAUCACGUGAGGUCAGGAGUUCAAGACAAGCCUGGCCCACAUAGUGAAACACUGUCUCUACUAAAAAUACAAACAUUUAGCCAGGCAUGGUGGUUGGUGCCUGUAAUCCCAGCUACUCAGGAGGCUGAGGCAGGAGAAUUGCUUGAGCCCAGGAGGCAGAGGUUGCAGUGAGUUAAGAUCAUGUCAUUGGACUCCAGCUCGGGCAACAGAGUGAAACUCCGUUUAAAAAAAAAAUAGUUAAGGGAAUUAAAAGAAAAAGCAACAACAAACCACCGUGGCAUGUGCUAAUGAUCCAUAGCCGGACUCACUCUCUCCAUUAUCCUGCUGUGGAUUUGGGGGGAAGUUACCAGAAGAAGCUCUGAAUGGGAAGAGUGGAGACAGGGUCUGUGUACUGACUGCCUACUAGGUCAUGUUCUGGGGAACUCGGGGCAUAGGAAGGGAGCCAGCCUUUGCCUCCUCAGAGUGGCCAGUCUAGUGGCAAAUGCAGAUGUUGACCAUAAAACCAAGUACACUCAGGAGGGGAAGAGUUAGAGGGAGAUGGAUAUUGGUUCAGCCAGCCAGGCAUGGUGGCUCAUGCCUGUAAUCCCAGCACGUUAGGAGGCCAAGGAGGGCAGAUUCCUUGAGCUCAGGAGUUCAAGACCAGCCUGGGCAACCUGGAGAUACAAUGAAAAAAUACAAAAAUGACAAACCAUGAAAAAAAUACAAAAAUUAGUCCAGGCAUGGUGGCAGGUGCCUAUGACCCUAGCUACUUGGAAGGCUGAGGUGGGAGGAUCGCUUGAGCCCGGGGAUGGAGGUUUCAGGGAGCUGAGGUUGUACCACUCCACUGCAGCCUGGGGAUAGAGUGUGGUGGUUUGGGGGUUAAAUGAGAUGGUGCAGGAGGAGGCACUUAACCCAGCCUUAGGUGCUCCGUGAGUGUUCUGAAAGUUUCCAGUAAGUAAGUACCAUGGGCCCACCCUAUCUGGGCAGAUCGGCUUCCAGGUGAGUAUUUUCCAGGGUUCAGCCUCAUUUCUGACUUUGGCCUUGAGGCAGGCAGAAGAACGUGUAUCUUGUGACCCUGCCAAUGAGGGGUGGCUGUCCCAGAUGAAAGACCACCCUGAUUUUCAGGUGCCAACAGCAUGUGAUGCUCUGGAAAUUCUCAGCUCUGGGCAUUUUGAGGGGACCCAAAGCCACAUGGCUUGACUGACUAGCUGCUUUAGCCAAAGCCACUGGCAUUUUCUUUCUGGGAGGUCACCCCAGCUGCUCACUGCUGAUCCGAGGGGUGGGUGAGGCCGGGACAUGCUGGGUGCCAGGGGAAACCAGCCUGAGAUGCCACAUAUGGACGUCGGCACCAUAGCAGGAGGAGGAGGCUGAAAGCAGAAAACCCCUCCUCCCGCGUCUGAGAUUACAGCUUCGAGUCUCUGAAAGUGUGGUAUUCUGCCUACCACGUUAAAUGUCAUGUAUUGAAAUGCAUGAGUCUAAAUGCAUGCUCUUGUAGGGUUUGACUUUUGGCAGAAUUUUUAGCUGCCUAUGGAAAGUCUCUGCUUCUUUUUCUUCUUCCACUUAAAAAGUUUGCCUUGAUAUUUUAUUUUUAUUUUUUUCAUUUAUAUUUAGUUUUUAUUUCUUUUUAAUUGAGAUGGGAGUCUUGCUAUGUUGCCCAGGCCGAUCUCAAACUCCUGGGCCCAAGGGAAUCCUCCAUCUCAGCCUCUCUUUUAAGUGCUGGGAUUACAGGUGUGAGUCACCAUGCUGGACUUGCCUUGAUUUUUUUCUUUCUUUUAUAUAGAGUCUCGGCCUGUCACCCAGGCCAAAGGGGAGUGGUAUGAUCUCAGUUCACUGCAACCUCCACCACUCGGGUUCAAGAGAUUCUCCUGCCUCAGCCUCCCAAAUAGCUGGGAUUACAGGCAUGUGCCACCAUGCCAGGCUAGUUUUUGUAUUUUUAGUAGAGCUAGGGUUUCGCCAUGUUGCCUAGGCUGGUCUCGAACUCCUGGCCUCAAGUUGUCUGCCUGUCUUGGCCUCCCAAAGUGCUGGGAUUACAGGUAUGAGCUACCACGCUGGGCCAAUCGAAACUGUCCUUGCAGCAAAUGCUGAUUUCAUGUCAGCUGUGGUUCUAAGUGCUCUGAUUGGGAUACUGCAUCCAAUCUUCCCAACAAUCUUCUUUAUGGUUGAGGUUACUAAGGCUUCGAGAGAUUAAGCAACUUCCCCAUCCCCACACCGCUUCGCUCCCACACACACAUGGGUAGUAAGUAGUGGAGAUGGGAUUUGAACCUAGGGAUUUUCGUUCAGCAUCUAAGCUCCCUGUCAUUGUGUUUUAUGGAUAUCAUUGUGGGAAGUUGGUGGAAUGUAGGAAGCUGUAAAAAGAAAGGAAGGAAGGAAGGAGGGAGGGAAGGGAGGAAGGAGGGAAGAAAAGAAAGGGGGAAGGAAGGAGGGAAGAAAGGAAAGGAAAGGAAGAAAAGAGGAAAGAAAGGAGGGAAGGAGAGAAAGAAGGAGGGAGGAACAAAAAGAAAGGAAGAAGGAAAGAGGGAAAGAAGGAAAGAGGGAAGAAAGAAAAGAAAGGAGAGAAGGAAGGAAAGGAAAGGAAGAAAAGAGAAGAAAGGAGGGAAGGAGGGAGGGAAAGAGGAAAGAAAGGAAGGAAGGAGGGAAGAAAAGGAAAGAAGGAGGGAAGGAAAGGAAAGAAGGAGGAAAGGAAAGGAAAGAAGGAAGGAAGGAGGGAAGAAAGGGAGGAAAGAAGGAAAGGAAACCAGAGGAAAUACAGAAUUUGCCCCUGCCUCUUCUUAUCAGCCUUCUCAUCCUGUCUGGACUCAGCUGCCUCUCCGGUCAGCCAAAGCUACCCCGAAGGCAGGGACUUGGUAUAUUCCAAGCACCUGUCAUGGCACCUGGCUCACAGUUGACAAACAAUGACAUCCUUAAUGCCUAUCAGUAGCUAGUGUUUAUUGAACACUUACUAUGUGCUAAGCAAUGCCUUAGGGGAUCCCACCACAGCCUAUAAGGGUUUGUUAUCCUCAUUUUUCAGAACAGGGAAUGGAGGCAUGGCUAGGACUGAAGAGACUUGCUCCAGGAGACCAAGCUCAGGAAGGGUUUGACUUCAGACUUGUCUGACAUAAGGCCUUUGCCCACAGAUCAGCAAACUAUGACCCUUGGGCCAAAUCCAGUCCGCCAGCUGCUGUUUUUGUAUGAUCUCUGAGCUAAGAAUUUUUAAUUUUAAUUUUAUUUUUAGAGAUGGGGUCUCACUCUGUCGCCCAGGCUGGAGUGCAGUGGGGUGAUCAUAGGUCACUGCAACCCCAGCCUCCUGAGUAGGUGGAGCCACAGGCUUGCACCACCAUGCCCAGCUAGUUUCUUUUUAUUUUUUUGGUAGAGAUAGAAUCUCAAUGUGUUGUCCAGGCUGGUCUCAAACAACUGGGCUCAAGCAAUCCUCCUGCCUUGGUCUCCCAGAGUGCUGGGACUAUAGGCGUGAGCCACUGUGCUUGCGCUUGCUCGGCUUAAGAAUGCUUUUUUCACAUUUUUGGCUGGGCACAGUGGCUCAUGCCUGUAAUUCCAGCACCUUGGGAGGCCGAAGCAGGGCGAUUACUUGAGACGAGGAGUUCGAGGUCAGCCUGUCCAACACCAAGAAAUGCUAUCUCGCCGGGCGCGGUGGCUCAAGCCUGUAAUCCCAGCACUUUGGGAGGCCGAGGUGGGUGGAUCACGAGGUCAAGAGAUCGAGACCAUCCUGGUCAACAUGGUGAAACCCCGUCUCUACUAAAAAUACAAAAAAUUAGCUGGGCAUGGUGGCGCGUGCCUGUAAUCCCAGCUACUCAGGAGGCUGAGGCAGGAGAAUUGCCUGAACCCAGGAGGCGGAGGAUGCGGUGAGCUGAGAUCGCACCAUUGCACUCCAGCCUGGGUAACAAGGGCGAAACUCCGCCUCAAAACAAAACAAAAAACAAAAAAAUUAAAAAAUAAGAAAUGCCAUCUCUACUAAAAAAAAGUACAAAAAGGGACCAGGCACAGUGGCUCAUGCCUAUAAUCCCAGCACUUUGGGAAGCCGAGGUAGGCAGAUCAUCUGAGGUCAGGAGUUCAACACCAGUCUGGCCAACAUGGCAAAACCCUGUCUCUACUAAAAAUACAAAAAUUAGCCAGGCGUGGUGGCAGGCACCUGUAAUCCCAGCUACUCUGGGGCGGGGUGGGGGGGGGGGGGCGCGGGGGCGGGGUUGGCUGUGGCAGGAGAAUCACUUGAACCUGUGAGGUGGAGGUUGCAGUGAGCCGAGAUAGCACCACUGUACUCCAGCCUGGGCGACAGAGCGAGACUCCAUCUCAGGAAAAAAAAAAAGUACAAAAAUUCACCAGGCAUGGUGGCAGGUGCCUGUGAUCCUAGCUACUCGAGAGGCUGAGAAAGGAGAAUCUCGGUUGCAGUAAGCAGAGAUUGCGCUGCUGCACCCCAGCCUGGAUGACAGAGCGGGCCUCUGUCUCUCUCUAUAUGAGCAGGACAUUCAGCAUUCAGGGAGAGAAGCUGUUGCAGUGGAACUUGCGGGCACACAGCCUCAGGCUGAUGCAGCCCUGCUGCCCCUUGCUGGUUCUGAGGGGAGGGGGAUGCAUGGCAUCAGAUGCCACCCUUGCCCCUUUUGGAGCUCUCUGUUUGGGUGGGGGAGUGCAGUAAAUGUACAAUACAAGGCCCCUCUCCGCCCUCCUCCCUCCUCCCGCCCCUGCCUUUCCCUUUCUAGUGAGUCAUGAACCGGUGCUUCUAGAUGCCUUCGGAGCAGAGCACCUGAAAAUCAUGAUGUUCUCCAGAUAACAGAGGAAACUGAUAAAUUUCCUUGUGUCAAUGUCACUAUAGUCCAUGAAGAAGACAAGAAAGUGUAACGCCUGCGCAUGGGGAUCCAACAACAAAAAAGAUAAAGUUGGGGAGGCCGGGCGCGGAGGCUCACACCUGUCAUCCCAGCACUUUGGGAGGCCGAGGCAGGCAGAUCACCUGAGGUUGGGAGUUCAAGACCAGCCUGGCCAACAUGGUGAAACCCCGUCUCUACAACAAAUACAAAAAUUAGCCAAGCAUGAUGGCGGGUGCCUGUAAUCCCAGCAGGAGGCUGAGGCAGGAGAAUUGUUUUAACCCAAGGGGCGGAGGUUGCAGUGAGCUGAGAUUGCGCCACCGCACUCCAGCCUGAGUGACAGAGCGAGACUCUGUCUUAAACACAUAAAUAAAUAAAUAAAUAAAUAAAUAAAUAAAUAAAUAAGGUGGGGCACGUUAUAUGAAUGAUGGCCCACUUGAAUUUCUCAUUCAUUUUUCUUUCCUUUUAUGUUGUCAAAGAUAAAAAAAAAAAAAUCUAGGAGAGAAUCAAAAAAAAGCACUGUGCUGAAAAUAUUCCAUAGUCAUUGUAAUUCAAUUUUUACUUGGAUGAUUAGAAUUUUUUUUUUUUUUUUUAAUAACAAAGGUCUCAACUCUGUCCUGCAGGCAGGAGUGCAUUGGGAAGGGGUGCGGAGGGGAGAGGGUGAGACUGGAGGAUAUUCAGGUGGAUGCAGUGGCAGACAAGGCCAAGGGGCAUUGUGUGGGAAGGCAAAGAGGGUGCUCAUGUCGGGAAGGGAGGCUGGGACCAGCACAGGGUCAUCACAUGCUCCAGUGCCAUCAUGAAGUUCACAUGGGGCCAUGUUUAGGAGGGGCUCUUUCCACCAGUACUCAGUGGACAGCCUUGCUGAGCCAGGCUUUUUGUUGGGGCCCUGGAGCCCCUGCUGAGUCAGGGAGGAAGUGAAAGUAAUUCUAAGAGCUGGGUACGGUGGCUCACACCUGCCAUCUCAGCACUUUGGGAAGCCGAGGCAGGCAGAUCACAAGGUCAAGAGAUCGAGACCAUUCUGGCUAACAGUGAAACCCCAUCUCUAGUAAAAAAUACAAAAAUUAGCUGGGCAUGGUGGCAUGCACCUGUAGUCCCAGUUAGGAGGCUGAGGCAGGAGAAUCACUUGAACACAGGAAGCGGAGGUUGCGGUGAGCCGAGAUCUUGCCACUGCACUCCAGCCUGGCGCCUGUCUCAAAAAAAGAAAAAAAUUCACUCUAAGUUUGUAUAAGCUGAGUGGGCAGAAAGCCCUUUGGUGGGUGCAAGGCUGCACAGAAAGAUGGUAGACCAGCUGGCCGUGUGGUCACUCUGCUGCCCCAAAGAUGAUGAAGAUGACUUUGUCUAAAUCUGUAAUGGUGAAGAUAACAAAUUUACAAUUCCCACGGUUGCCUGGCUUCCUGGAGCCGGUGGGCGGGGGUGGGAGGCUGAGGGAUAUCAAUUGAAAUUUAACCUUUUGGCCCACUCCUUUUGGGAGGAAGGUUGGGGGAGUUAAAAUCCACCGUCAUGGAAAGGCUGCUCUCUCUGCUCUCCUGGUUGGCUGCCUGCUAACUUGGUAACUGGUCCGACAAGUUUUUCUUUUUCUCCCUCCUACCUGAUGAUAUUCAUUGACCAGGUAUUUCCCAUGUCACCCGACUCCGUCAGAAUGAAAAUCUGUUCUUUGUGACUGAACACCCGAAAUGCCCCAGGGAGUACCCAGGGACGGCAGCGAGGGAGGGAGUGCACAUCGGGCCAGGAUUCCAGGCCUCUCUGAAUGUGCCUGUGUUGGAUAGAACUGUCCAUUUCCCAGUAAAGGGAGGGGAUGUGUGUGCUGGCGUCUCAAAGUUGUGCCCUUAUCCGAUCUCCUUCCUCUAGGAGAGAAUCAAACAAAAAUCCUCUGUCUUCCCUCUCUGUUUUUGUUUAUUUGUUUGUUUUUGAAAUGGGAUCUCGCUUGUUGUCCAGUCUGCAGUGCAGUGGUGUGAUCACAGCUCACUGCAGCCUCAGCCUUCUAGGUUCAAGCAGUCCUCCAGUCUCAGCCUCUCCAGUAGCUGGAACUACAGGAAGAGAAGGGGAGGGGAGGAGAGGGGAGGGGAGGGGAGGGGAGGGGGAAAGGGAAGGGAGGGAGGGGGAAAGGGAAGGGAGGGAAAGGGGAAAGGGAAGGGAGGGGAAGGUGCACACCACCACGCCCAGCUAAUUUUUUUGAUUUUCUUUUUUUAAGAGAUGAAGUCUUGCUGUUUCCCAGGCUAGAACUCCUAUCCUCAAGUGACCCUCUCACUUCAGCCUCCCCAUUAGCUAAGACUACAGGUGUGCACCACCAUGCCCGGCUAAUUUUUAUUUUAUUUUUAUUUUUGUAGAGAUGGGGAUUUUGCUAUGUUGUCCAGGCUGGUCUUGAACUCUUAGACUCAAGCAAUCUUCCCACCUCGGGCCUCCCGAAGUGUUGGGAUUACAGUUGUGAGCCACCAUACCUGAUUUAUAUGCUCAUUCUUUUUUUUUUUUUUUUUUAUGAGAUGGAGUCUUGCUCUGUCACCUAGGCUGGAGUGCAGUGGCAUGAUCUUGGCUCACCACAACCUCUGCCUCCUGAGUUCAAGCAAUUCUCCUGCCUCAGCCUCCUGAGUGCUAGGAUUACAGGUGCAUGCCAGCACGCCUGGCUAAUUUUUGUAUUUUUAGUAGAGAUGGGGUUUCUCCAUGUUGGCCAGGCUGAUCUUGAACUCCCGACCUCAGGUGCUGGGAUUAUAGGUGUGAGUCACCGCGCCGGGCCAGGUCUUGGAUCUUUAAUGAAGACUCCAAGGCUUAUGGACUGCAGCCUAGAAAGAAUGGCUGUUUAAUAGGCUUUUUUAUGGAGUGUUUCCAAGGGCUCACCUGGGGAAUGAAAGCAUUCCUAUUUGAAGAUCUGAUCAGAAUGGGUUUUACAGUGCUGGCACCUAGUCAUGUUGGCAUGCGGUGUGCAAAGCACCGCGUUAUUUACUGACCGCUGACCGCCUGCUGGAGACCAGCCUGGGUAACAUACUGAGACCCCAUCUCUACUAAAUACAAUUAAAAAUUAGCUGAGCAUGGUGUUGUGCACCUAUUCCCAGCUACCUGGGAGGCUGAGAUGGGAGGAUCACUUGGGCAUGGAAGGUUGAGGCUGCAGUGAGCCGAGAUCACACAUUGCCCGGCAGCCUGCAUGACAGAGCAAGACCUUGGCUUGGAAAUAAAUAAAUGGGUUUGUUUGUUUGGGUCUCUAGCAGUGGUUUUUGUCUCCCAGGGGACAUUUGGCCAUGUCUGGAGACAUUUUUGGUUGUCACAACUCCAGGGAAUGUGUAUGUGCUGCUUUCAUUGAGCAGAUGGAGGCCAGGGAUGCUUUUCAACAUCCGGCAAUGCAGAGACAGCCCAGCCACAAAGAGCGAUUCAGCCCCAAGUGUGAAUAGUGCCGAGGGUGAGAAACCCUGGUCUACAGGUUCUCCCUCCACCUGUUUCUGUUCCUUACCCUCUCUCUGUUAAAGAGCUGGGCUCUGGCUUGGGGUGAGUUCCACAGUCUGGGUGUUGCUAAUCGCAUGUUCCUGGGACAGUUCCGCUUGCCCCUCUGAGCUCCAGACUCAGAGCUACAGUACGCUCAGGUUCUCCCUCCUGGACUGACUUUAUUUAAUGUGUACCACUCCCAUUCAGCACUCUCUGGAGUCAGCUAUUUGCAGAGGCAAUCAUGCUUGAUGCUGUUCUUUUGCACAUGGGUCUGAGUGGUGGUGUGUUCUUUGAUUAAAAAAAAAUUUUUGUUGUUGUUUACACCUGUUUCCUUCUUCCCUUCCCUUUCCUCUUUUCUUCCUUUCUCUCUUUCUUUCAUUCUUUCUCUUUAUUUCCUCCCGUCCUUCCAUCUCUCCCUCCCUCCCUUUCUCCCACUUUCUCUCCUUCUUUCUUUUCUCUUUAUUUCUUACCUCCCUUCUUUCCCUCUCUCUUCCUCUUUCCUUUUCUCUCCCUCUGUUUCUCUCUCUUCCUUUCCUUUCCAUUCCCUCCCCUCCCUUUCUUUUCCCUCCCUUUUCCUCCUUUCCUCCCUCUUCCUUCCCCUUCCCUACCCCUUCCCUUCCCUUCCUUUUCUUCUUUUCUCUUUUCCCUUCCUUUCUUUUCUUGACAGGGUCUUGCUCUAUCACCCAGGCUGGAGUACAGUAGCAUGAUCAUAGCUCAUGGCAGUCUUGAACUCCUGGCCUUAAGCUAUCCUCCUACCUCAGCCUCCCGAGUAGCUGGAACUACAGGUGUCUGCACCCAUGCCCAGUUAAAUAUUUUUUUGUUUGCUUUAGAUGGAGUCUCACUCUGUCGACCAGGUUGGAGUGCAGUGGCGUGAUCUCAGCUCACUGCAGCCUCCACCUUCUGGGGGCAAAUGAUUCUCCUGCUUCAGCCUCCUGAGUAGCUGGAAUUAUAGGCACAUGCCACCAUGCUCACCUAAUUUUUGUACUUCUGUUAGAGACGGGUUUUGCCAUGUUUGGCCAGCCUGGUCUCGAACUUCUGACCUCAAGUGAUCUGCCUGCCUCAGCCUCCCAAAGUGCUGGGAUUAUAGGCAUGAGCCACUGUGCCUAAUCCCAGCUAAUUUUUUUAAAUUUAUUUUUUGUACAGAUAGAGUCUCAUUAUAUUGGCCAGGCUGGUUUUGAACUCCCGGGCUCAAGCAGUUCUAGCACCCUCCCCUCCCCCAAUUCACUGGGAUUACAGGUGUACCCCCCUUUUUUAAUGCACAAGACUGAAAUAUUUGUCUAGAGUUCAUACUUAAGUAAUAAAGCUGUACAGGGAUUACGUCUGAGCAUUUUGUUCUGCGGUGAAAUGGUGCUGUUGGGCCUCCCUUGUUUUAGUGUCUGACAAACAGGGCACAGACCCAACCUCAUAACAAAACUUUGUGUUUCUGACGAAGGCAAGUUUUGCUAAGAAAAUUAUUUUUAUAAGCAAGAAAGAUAUGAAGGUUAUUUGCAAAGGAAUUUUAUUAGGGUGAGAAAAAAGCAAGAGGUUUAUCUUAGGAUUCCUGGUGGUACAGAAGAUGGAAUAGGCAGAAGACGUCACCACAGAUGUCACUGGGAAAGUGAUGGCUGAACCUCUGAAAGGAAAGAGCUUCCCAGGAGGGAUGAAUUUGAUGCAGUAAAAAAAGCUGGAGGAUGCUGUUAAGUUUGCCAGUGUAGUUCAGAGGACGGUGAAGUUCUUCACAGACUUAGUUCUGAAAGGGUGGCUUCAAAAGAUACCUGGGUGCUGUGGGGCUGGGGGGGGAUGGGCAUGGUAGGUCACGCCUAUAAUCCCAGCACUUUGGGAGGCCAAGGCAGGUGGAUCACUUGAGGUCAGGAGUUCAAAACCAGACUGGCCAAUCUGGUGGGACCCCGUCUCUACUAAAAAUACAAAAAUUAUCCAGGCGUGGUGGUGCAUGUCUAUAGUCCCAUAGUCCCAGCUACACGGAGGCUGAGGCAGGAGACUCACUUGAACUCUGGAGGUGGAGGUUGUGGUGAGUUGAGAUUGCACCACUGCACUCCAGUCUGGGUGACAGAGCAAGCAAGAGUCCCCCCCCCCAAAAAAAAGAGAGAGAGAGAGAGAGAAGAGAGACAGGGGUGUGGUUUGACUGGAACUGGGGGCAUCUGGCCAUGGGAACAUCAUAUGUCUAAGUGUCUUCUGUUGGGAAUUGCAGAUAUCAACAGUGGGCAUUGGAUAUCAUGCAAAAUAAGCAUCAUGUGACGUGAUAAAGUGAAGGACAUGUCGUCAUGUUGACACUGAUUCUUGGGAGGAGAGAUCCAGGUGGCUAAAGUAGACCCAGAUCAUAAGAGCUACAAAUAAGAGAAUCAAAUAAGUCAGAAAAUGACUUGGAUGAUUUUUCUUUUGACCCAAAGCACGAACGUUGCCCACACAGUGGUGAACAUGCUUCUUCUUCUCCUUCUCCUUCUCCUUCUCCUUCUCCUUCUCCUUCUCAUCCUCCUCCUCCUUCUCCUUCUUCUUCCUCUUCUUCUUCUUUUUGAGAUAGAGUCUUGCUCUGUUGCCCAGGCUGGAGUGCAGUGGUGCAAUCUUGGCUCACUGCAACCUCUGCCUCCCGCGUUCAAGCCAUUCUCCUAUCUCAGCCUCCUGAGUAGCUGGGAUUAUAGGUGUGCACCACCACACCUGGCUAAUUUUUGUAUUUUUAGUAGAGACAGGGUUUCACCAUGUUGGCAAGGAUGGUCUCAAACUCCUGACCUAGUGAUCUGCCCUCUUCCACCUCCCAAAGUGCUGGGAUUAUAGGCGUGAACCACUGCAUCUGGCCUGGUGAACACAUUUCUAAGUUUUCCCCAGGUUGACAAAGACCUUGAAAAAAAUCUGGCAAGCCAGGAAUAGUCAAGGGCAAUCCAUUCUUCAGAACUUGUUCUUGCUAACUCAGUAAAUGUCGAACAGCAUGGGUUGUUUAUUGUAUUUUGCAGGACAUUAGAAUAGUUACAAAGGGCUUUCCCGGGUUUGGUCAUAACUUUAUUUUCCCAUAAGGUCUUAAAUCUUUCAGUUGCCACUUCUGGGUGGGUGGGUAUGUAUAUUGAGGAUUGUACUUUUUUCUUUGUUGAGACAGGGUCUCCCUCUGUUGCCCAGGCCGGAGUGCAGUGAUGCAAUCACAGCUCACUGCAGCCUCAACCUUUCAGGCUUAAGCAAUCCUCAUACCUCAGCCUCCCAAAUAGCUGGGACUACAGGCAUGAACCACUGUGUCUGGCUAAUUUAAAAAAUAUAUAUUUUUGCAAAAUGAGCCAGGUGUGGUUGUGCAUGCCUGUAGUCCCAGCUGCUUGGGAGGAUGAGGUGGGAGGAUAGCUUGAGCCUGGGAGGUUGAGGCUGCAGUGAGCAAAGAUCAUGUCACUGCACUCCAGCCUGGGUAACAGAGACCCGGUCUGAAAACUAAAAAAUAAAAGAUGGAAACUUGCUAUGUUACCCAAGCUGGUCUUGAACUCCUGGGCUCAAGUGAUCCUCCUGUCUUGGCCCAAAAUUCUGGAAUUAUAGGCACGAGCCACUUCACCUGUCUGGGUCCUGCUCUUGAUAGUGAUAUAGAACCAACUUAGUGACAUUCUAGAAUUACCUUGUCAGCCACAGCCACAUGUGGCAAUUUAAGUAGAAAUUCAUUAAAAUUAGAUAUUUGGACCUGAGUUGUACUGACCGCAUUUAGACACUGCAGACACAGAAUGUUACUAUCGCCGCAGAAAGUUGCGUUGGGUGUCUAUGCCUUAGAACACUUCAUUCCGGGAUUAAAGACAGUUCUGGAGUCAGACAGGCCUGCAUUUGAAUACUGUAUCUGUUUUGUGACCUUGAUCAAGUUGUCUAGCUUUUCUGAAGUCUGUUUUCUCUUCUAUCAUGAGGAAAAAAUUAAGGGAGCCUGUCUCCAAGGUUUUCCUCAACUUCGAACUAGUAUAUCCCCUUUUGAUAAAAAUUAAAAAUCCAAUUUCUCUUCCCUACUUGGAGUUUGUUCUUUUUCUUUUUCCUCUAAGUAUAAAAUAUACCAUUGGAUGUUUUUUCAACCUCUCUACCCCUUGAGAGUCCCCGGAAUAGACGAAGGAGUGGCCUGGGAAAGUUGAUCACGACAAAGAGGCCAUUAUAGGCGCAUCUAAACAACAAGAGGAACAAGGAAGGAGGAGGUGUGUUGACCGAGGCUCAGAGUGUCUUGUCUAUGGGUGACCAAGAAUGAGGAAUGUGUCAGUUCCUUCCUGGCUUCUCUCUGGGAACAGAGAACAGUGCAUUUCAGCUUAAGUGGAGUAAAAUCAUUGUGGGUAUUGAGGAAGUGGAUUAAGGAUGGGGAAGGGGCUGGGGGAUAGAACCCCAGUUGAGUUUGUCUUCCUGGCUCAGCACUGAGUGUCUCAGUCAACACAUGAUUGCCAGUAAUGGGAAUCUAUUUGGACUCACUUAAACAAUGAGGUGGGGGUAGGGUGUUAACUGGGACAACACAGGGCUUUGAGUUUGUAUCAGCUAGCUUUUGCUGUGUAACAAACUUCUCUGAAACAUAAUGGCUUAAUCAACAUUCAUAUAUUUAGCUCAUGAUUCUGUGAGGUGGCUGGGCAAGUUUUCUUAUGUAGACCCACCAGCUGACCAUAAACAGACAGACCCUGUUCUCACUAAUGUCUGGGAUCAAACAGUGGGUUGUCUGGUAGCUAAAUGGUUUAGCAUGGCCUCACUCACAUGUCUGGUGGUUGGUGCUGGCUGUCAGCUGGGAGGCCUUGGUUUUCCUCUCUGGAGCUGCUCAUCUUCUAGUUGGCUAGUUUGGGCUUAGAUUACAUGAUGGUCUCAGCACUCCAAGAGUGGCAAGAGAUCAAUUUCCAGUGCACAGUGCCUUUCAAGUUUCUGUUUGCAUGUUGUGUGCUAAUGUUCCAUUGGCUAAGGUGAGCUGGGAGGGAAAGGGAGAAUAUAGUCUUUACCUGUUGAUGGGAGGGGAAGAAUUUGUGGCCAUCUGCUAAAGAACCCUGGGGUGGGAAACACAGUGGGACUCAUAAAACAUUUUUUAAAAAUUCUUUAUUUCAGGUUCAUGGGUACAAGAACAUUUUAACCAGGAUUUGGAGCUCAAUUGCACUUCAGGACUGUGUAUGGUGUGACUGAAGACAUUAAAUGAUUUUUUUGGGUAGUAAUUUAAUUUUUAUGAAUUCCAAUUAUUGAAUAAUGAAUUCUUUCCUCAGUAAUUCUUGAAGUUUUCCUCAUCAGGUAUUACAUUCAGCCAAAACCAUGAAUUUACAUUUGGGAUAUCAAUUCUAUUUCAAGUCCUCUGUGCCUUAAUCUUGCCCGGGUACCAUUGUGUUUAUAGAUUCAGAACAUGUGGCUUUUACUUUUUUUUUAAAAGGCAUUGAGCUCAGCUGAAUGCUGCAGCUCACGCCUGUAAUCCCAGCACUUUGGAAGGCCAAGGUGGGUGGAUCACUUGAAGUCAGGAGUUUGAGACCAGCCUGGCCAAAAUGGAGAAACCCCACUAGUAUAAAUACAGAAAUUAGCUAGGUGUGAUGGUGUGUGCCUGUAGUCCCAGCUACUUGGGAGCCUAAGGCAGGAGGAUUGCAUGAACCCGGGAGGUGGAGGUUGCAGUGAGCUGAGAUCGUGUCACUGCACUCAAGCCUCGGUGACGGAGUGAGACUCCGUCUCUGAAGAAAAGAAUGGGGGUUCACUUGUGUUACCCAGACUGGACUCAGACUCCUGGGUGCAAGUGAUCCUCCUGCCUUAGCCUCCAAGUAGCUGGGACUACAAGCUCAUGCCUGAUAAGAACAUGCUUUAUGAAGUGGCAAAUCUAGGUUUUUUUCCCUAUUACACAUUUUUAGAAAAGUGUUUCCUUUUCUGGAUGAACUAAAUCACUCCCUGCUCUCGUCCUCAUAUAAAACUCAUUGAGAUAUUGAUUUAAAAAUGUAAUUUAAAAUGUAACCCAUUUCCCACAGAAAAAAAAGUGCAACUCACUGCCAGGGCUCAUUUAAUUUCACAUAAACAUGUUCUUCGAAGCUGAAGCAAAUCUGCCUGAUUUUCAAUGUGAGAAAAUAUAAAAAAUGAUUCUUGGAGUUAUUUCUAAACAGAACUUGUCUCUACUCUUAAUGUAACAGAAAUGUCUAUAAUUAGGAUUAUACAUUAGGAUUAGUGGACCUCUGUCCACUAUUCUUGGGACAAAUGGAAAAUGGGUUAAAAUUCAUAAAUUAAGAAAUAAAUACCUUCGUAUUUUUCCUUUCCAGGCAGGUAUGGGAUGUCCUCUUCCAUCUGUUCAAAUAUUUCUUUUUUUUUCUUUGAGUUGGAGUCUCGCUCUGCCACCCAGGCUGGAGUACACUGGGGUGAUCUCAGCUCUGCCUCUUGAAUUCAAGCAAUUCUCCUGCCUCAGACUACGAAGUAGCUGGGAUUACAGGUGCCCACCACCACACCUGGCUAAUUUUUGUGUUUUUAGUAGAGAUAGGGUUUCACCAUGUUGGCCAGGCUGGUCUUGAACUCUUGGUCUCAAGUGAUCUGUCCACUUCAGCCUCCCAAAGUGCUGCGAUUACAGGCAUGAGCCACCUCACCCAGCCCAUCUGUUCAAAUCUUUUAUAUUGUCUCUUUUUUGUCUUUACCCUGUACAUUUUUGUUAUGGCGAUUCCUGAUUUCUGUAUCACAGAGUUUUCUUGUGUUAGUUAUUGCUCCUGUGAAUAGCAUAUUUACACUGAAUCCAGGUCCUUUAGUGAAAUUGAUUGGUAGGUUUUUUAAUUGUUUUAUCUAUUGUAUGCAAUUUUGUCCUCUACAAAUUACGGUCAUUUAAAGAAGUUAUGUCUGCUCAGAUAUGGAAGCAUAGAAAAACGAUGUCUAAAAGUCAUCUCUCUUAUUUCAGUUUUAAAUCUUAUUUUAUUGACCAGGGCUUCUAGACUAAUAUUAAAUAUUUAACAAUGGAAUUAUCUGACAUCCAUGUUUAAUAGACUUCCUAAUAGAAAAUCAUCCUUGCUUUCCUGCGGUAAACCCUACUUGGUGGUGAUGAAUUAUUCUUUCAGCAUAAUGUUCAAUUCGAUUUGCUAGGUUUGCUUUGUUUCAUUUGUUGAAUUCUUGCCGUCUGUAUUCACGCGUGAAACUGGGCUGUUCUUGGUUUGUUUUCCUUUGCAACCUCUUCACCCGUUUUGAUAAUUUAUUAUGUUCUAGCCAUAUAAAAUGAAAUAGCAGGUAACUGAGUAUUCAUUGACAAAUUUUAUGGUGCCAUUUUUUGGGGAAAGUAAUUCUUUGAUAACUUAAAAAAAAAAGUAGGCAGAGUGCAGUAGCUCACACCUGUCACCCCAGCCCUUUGGGAGGCCAAGGUGGUCACUAGAGGUCCGGAGUUUGAGACCAGCCUGGCCAACAUGGUGAAACCACGUCUCUACUAAAAAUACAAAACUUAGCUGGGUGUGGUGGUGGGCGCCUGUAAUCCCAGCUACUUGGGAGACUGAGGCAGGAGAAUUGCUUGAACCCAGGGUUGGGGACGGAGGUUGCAGUGAGCUGAGAUCGUGCCACUGCACUCCAGCCUGGGCAAUGGAGCUAAACUCUGUCUCAAAAAAAAAAAUAAAUAAAUAAAUAAAUAAGAAAACAGUGUGUGACUGGCUGUGACGUAAGGCAGUCAGAACUUUCCUUCCAAAUGGGCCAUGAUUCAUCUUUAUUUUUAUAGGACUGUAUCACAUUAGAAGCACUAUAGCAGAAGUUUUCAUUGGAAAUCUAAUAAUGUUUUUAAAUCUGCCAUCUGGAGUCUGUGUUCCUUGUAUGUCUUAUUGCUCAUGACUAAGAGUGGUGUGUGUCGGUGCUGGGGGGGUUGGCUUGGUAAUAUUGCUAACAUUGGCCCAAAGGAGCUGUCCCACUUCCCGAGACCUCAUUUUUCUCUGCUGUAGCAGUAGACUAAUGCAGAAAACAGGGUGCUGCUUUUCAGAUUGGUCCUGAUUUGAAUUCUUUUUCUUUCUUUUCUUAGGCCAAAAUUUUCAUUUAUAAAUAGCUUCUGUGGUAUACAACAUGCAGAUAUUUUUGGUUUCACAUAUUACACCAUAGAUGUAGGUUUUGUUUUGUUUUGUUUUGUGUUUUUGACAGACUGUCGCUCUGUCAUUCAGGCUGGAGUGCAGUGGUGCAAUCUCGGCUCACUGCAACCUCCACCUUCGGGGUUCAAGCGAUUCUCCUGCCUCAGCCUCCUGAGUAGCUGGGAUUAUAGGCAAGCACCACCACACCUGGUUAAUUUUGUAUUUUUAGUAGAGAUGAGGUUUCACCAUGUUGGCCAGGCUGGUCUCAAACUCCUGACCUCAAGUGAUCCACCUGCCUGCCCCAGCCUCUCAAAGUGCUGGGAUUACAGGCAUAAGCCACCACACCUGCCGAACUUUUAUUAUUAUUGUUUAUUUUAUUUAUUUAUUCUUUUUAUGAGACGGAGUUUCACUCUUGUUACCCAGGCUGGAGUGCAAUGGCGAGAUCUCGGCUCACAGCAACCUCUGCCUCCUGGGUUCAGGCAAUUCUACUGCCUCAGCCUCCUGGGUAGCUGGGAUUACAGGCACGCGCCACCAUGCCCAGCUAAUUUUUUGUAUUUUUAGUAGAGACAGGGUACUUUUAUUAUUUUUAAAACAUUUUUAUUUAUGGUAAAAGUCACACAUAACAUAAAAUUUGCCGUUUUUAGAAAGAAUGUUUGAAAAGAUAUGUACUAUGUCGCCCAGUACAGUGGCUAUUCAGAAACGCAGCCAUAGUACACCAUGGCCUCGAACUCCUGGGCUGAAGGGAUCCUCAUGCUUCAGCCUCCCAAGCAGCUGGGACUACAGCAACAUGCCAGUACAUCCAGCUUGUUUUCUUCUUCUUCUCCCUCUCCUUCUCCUUCUCCUUCUUCUUCUUCUUCUUCUCCUUCCUCCUUCUCCUUCCUCUUCUUCCUUCUUUCUUCUUUUUUCGGAUGGAGUCUCAGUCUGUCACCCAGGCUGGAGUGCACUGGCACGAUCUUGGCUCACUGCAACCUCUGCCUCCUGGGUUCAAGUGAUUCUCCUGCCUCAGUCUCACGAGUAGCUAGGAUUACAGGUGCCCGCCACCAUGCCCAGCUAAUUUUUGUAUUUUUAGUAGAGACGGGAUUUCACCAUGUUGGCCAGGCUGGUUUCAAACUCCUGACCUCAAGCAAUCCUCCUACCUCAAUCUUUCAAAGUGCUGGGAUUACAGGCUUGUGUCACUGCACCUAGUUUGUUUUCUUCUUUUUUAAAGUUAAUGAGCUUAGGCAGGGUUUCUCAGCCUCCACAGUAUUAGCAUCCUGGACUGGAUCCCUCUCUGUGGUAGAGACUGCCCUGUACAUUGUAGGAAGCUUAGAAGCGUCCCUGGCCUCCACCACUCAAUACUAGUAGCAACCCCAAGUCAUGACAACCAAAACUGUCUCCAGACACUGUCAAGUGUCCGCUGGGCAACAAUGCUCCCUCUUCCGUUGUUGAGAACUCCUGCUCUGGGGCGAACCCUUGUUGCCUUCAUUCAUUUCAGGAAGUAUCGAUUUGCUGUUGCUCACCCAUGGACCUCCAUGGACCACACUGCAGUCCCAGCCCUUCUCUUCCCCUAAACUCACCACUGCUCUCACUUUUAUAGUAAUCACUGCCUUGCGUUACUGUAUAGUUGACAACCCAAGUUCCAUUCCUAGAUACUACAGUUUGAUCUUGCACCUGCAAAAAAACAUUUAAAUGUGCCCAUAGUCCCAACUACUCAGGAGGCCGAGGUGGGAGGAUGGCUUGAGCCCAGAAGUUAGAGGCUGCAGUCACCUAUGAUCGCACCACUGCUCUCUAGCCUGGGCGACAGAGCAAGACCCUGUCUUUUAAAAAAAAUAAAUUAAUUGGCUGGGCACGGUGGCUCACACCUGAUAUCCCAGCACUUUGGGAGGCCAAGGCAAGCAGAUCACAAGGUCAAGAGAUCAAGACCAUCCUGGCCAACAUGGUGAAACCGCAUCUCUACUAAAAAUACAAAAAUGAGCUGGGCGUGGUGGAGCCUACCUGUAGUCCAAGCUAUUUGGGAGGCUGAGGCAGGAGAAUCCCUUGAACCCAGGAGCUGGAGGUUGCAGUGAGCCGAGAUCAUGCCACUGCACUCCAGCCUGGGUGACAGAACGAGACUCCAUCUCAAAAAAUACAAAAUGAAAUAAAACAAGGAAAAUGAAGCUCUGUAAUACUUAUUAUGCCUAUGUUGAAUCUGCCCUUACCUCUUGAAUCUAUUAACCCUCUCUUUUGGCUGAGCAUGGUGGCUCAUGCCUGUAAUCCCAACACAUUGGGAGGCUGAGGCAGGCAGAUCACUUGAGGCCAGGAGUUCGAGACCAGCCUGGCCAGCUUAGCAAAACCCCAUCUCUACCAAAAAUACAAAAAUUAGCCGGGUGUGGCGGAGCAUGCCUGUAGUUCCAGCUACUCAGGAGGCUGAGGCAACAGAAUCACUUGAACCCAGGAGGCAGAGGCUGCAAUGAGCCGAGAUUGGGCUCACAAUAUCCUGGGUGGCAGAGCAAGACUCUGCUGAAAGAAAGAGACAAAGGGAGGGAGGGAGGGAGGGAAACAGCUGAGCACCUUGGCUGCUUAGCUGCCUGUGACUGACUUGCACUUACCAACAGGGCUGUCAUGGGAAUCCACUGAGAUGUGGAGCGUGAAGCUCUUUUGUCAGCUUUGUGAAAUCCUGUGCAAAUAUAAGCUGAAACCAGCAGGGCUCUGGUCCUCCUACUUCAUUCAUUCUCUUCUUCAUAGCACUAAGUACAGAUUGCAUAAACCCUUGGAGGUGGAGGUGAUAGACUCUGAAAGCAGAUGUUUGGGAUGGCCACCUGGUAGCAGGGCCCAGUUACCAAUGACCUGGGCUCUCGGGAUGGACUUCCAGAGCCUGCAUUUGGGUUUACUUGCCUUGCUCUCUGUAUGCCUGGGGGGGUUCUUGCUGGGGAAAUGCAGAGCAACAGGGCUGGGGGCUGGGAGCAGGGUGCUUAUUGGGUGCGUGACAGGUAUUUUGGGUAAACUGAGUCAGGAUUUUUCACGGGCACAGUGCAUGAGUCUGGGCAGGUGACUCAUUUGUAGAGCAGAUGUCAGGGGACCAGGAUAAACACCCAAGUCACAUGCCUUUUUAUCAGACCUGUGUCUCAUAUAAAGAAAAAGCCAGUCAUGGUGGUGCACACCUGUACUCAACAGCGAUUCAGGAGGCUAAAGUGGGAGGAUUGGCCGGGCGCAGUGGCUUAUGCCUGUAGUCCCAAUACUUCGGGAGGUGGAGGUGGGCGGAUCACUUGAGACAAGGAGUUUGAGACCAGCCUGGCCAACAUGGUGAAACCCUGUAUCUACAAACAUACAAAAAUUAGCCAGGCAUGAUGGUGUGUGUAAUCCCAGGUACUUGGGAGGCUGAGGCAGAAAAAUCGCUUGAACCUGCGAGGCAGAGGUUGCAGUGAGCCAAGAUUGUGCCAUUGCAUUCCAGUCUGUCUCAAAAAAUAAUAAUAAUAAAUAAACAAUAAAAUAAAAUGAAACAAAAUCAUAAGUAAAUAAGUGAAAGUAAUAAAAUGUAAGAUACUGUUGCUCUCUGUCAUCUUCCCUUGCCAUAUUCUCUUCCCUUCUUCCCAGAGGUAACAAUUGUCUUAACUUUGGUACAUAAACUUCCAGCCCUGCAUAUAUUUUUGACACAUAAGCUUGUAUGCAUCAAUGCUGUACACGGGUUCAGUAUCCCUUAUCCAAAAUGCUUGGGACUAGCAGUGUUUCCAACUUGGGAUUUUAUUUCAGGUUUUGGAAUAUUUGCCUAUAUGUAAUGAGGUACUGUGGGGCUGAGACCCAGGUCCAAACAUCAAAUUCAUUUAUGUUUCGUAUACACCUUAUACACAGAGCUUGGAGGUAAUCCUGUACAAUAUUUUGAGUAACUUUGUGCAGGAAGCUUGGUUUUGACUGUGCUGACUGUGACCUGUCACAUGAGGUCAGGUAUGGAAUUUUCUUCCACUUCUGUCAUGUCAGCACUCAAGAAGUUUUGAAUUUUGGAGCAUUUAGGAUUCUGGAUUUCUGGAUCAGGAAAUUUUGGAGCAUUUAGGGUUCUAGAUUUUGGGAUAUCUUUGGUUAUUCUUUACAUCUUUAUAAUUAUUGAUUGAUUGAUUGAUUGACAAGGAGUUUUGCUCUUGUCACCCAGGCUGGAGUGCAGUGACACAAUCUCAGCUCACUGCAGCCUCCACCUCCCAGGUUCAAGCAAUUCUCCUGCCUCAGCCUCCUGAGUAGCUGGGAUUACAGGUGUCCACCACUACACUCAGCUAAUUUUUGCAUUUUUGUAGAGACAGGGUUUCACUAUGUUGGCCAGGCUAGUCUCAAACUCCUCACUUCAGGUAAUCCACCUGCCUCAGCCUCCGAAAGUGUUGGGAUUACAGGCAUGAGCCACAGCUCCUGGCAUAAAUCUUUCUUCAAAUCGUUUGUUGUAAGAAAAUAUACAUCAUAAAAUGUGCCAUCCUAACCCUUUUGAAGUAUACAGUUCACUGGCAUUAAACGCUGCCAUUUAUAUUGGAAUACACUUUUGAGUAUUCUCAAGAUCUGCAUAUAUUGAAGCUAAGCAAUAUGAUCCCUUGGGAAGCCACUUUAAGUGUAUUUUGCACUUAAAGCACAUUUCAGUUCUGACUGACCACACACGCUGGUCCUACCGUAAUGGAUCUAGUCUUUAAAAAUACUCAGCGAUCCCCCUCACCAUGCACACACACGAUUUUUGUGUGUGUGUAAUUCAGAUUUCUACACCUGCUGCAUGAAUUCUUAAGCCAGAUGCUUUUUUUUCCUCUCAGCCAAUAUGUUCCUUAAGUUUAUACUUCUUGAUUUGGUACUGCUAGUUCAUUCAUUUACGUGCUAUGUCGUAUCUUGUAUGAAUAAGCCACAUGCUACUCACCCCCCUAGUGGAAGAAGGCAUUGAGAUUGUUUCCAGUUUGUUUCUUUUAUAAACAAUGCUGAAAUGAACAUCUUGGUGUCAGUCUCCUCCUACCCAUUUGUGAAUGGUUUUCUAGGAUUGAUGUUCAGAAUUGAAGUGACUGGGAGAUGGGGUAUGUGCAUUUUUAGGCCUAGGAUAUACUUCCCAAAUGAUCACCAAGGUGGCUGUAACAGCGUACAGUUCCACCAGUGGUGCAUUAAAGUAUAGGCCAAUCGUGGGCAAAGCUGCAGGGAAAUGAUGUUAAUUUUAUGGUAAUUCCAAAGUGCAUGGAAAUUGGUAUGCCACGGCUUUCUCUUGCAUCUCCUUGAUUCCUGGUAAGACUGAGAAUCUCUCUGUAUGGUUCUUAGCCAUAUCUUCCUACAUCUUCCUCCGCUUUCCCUGGGAGCUGUUUUGGGGUGGGGGCUGGGCCUUUUUCUUCAGGGACUCUGCAAUGGCAACUGUCACAAAGAGGUGCACAGGGGAUUGAAAUGUUGGAAAUACUUUGCUGCUGUCAUUGAAUUUUUUCGUUUUUGAGGUGAAGUCUCACUCUGUUGCCUAGGCUGGAGUGAGCAGUGUGAUCUUGGCUCUCUGCAACCUCCACUUCUGGGGUUCAAGCAAUUCUCCUGCCUCAGCCUCCCAAGUAGCUGGGACUACAGGCACACACCACCAUGCCUGUCUAAUUUUUUUGCAUUUUUUUUUAGUAGAGACCAUAGUUUUACUAUGUUGGCCAGGCUGGUCUUGAACUCCUGACCUUGUGAUCUGCCCACCUUGGCCUCCGAAAGUUUCAGGAUUACAGGCUUGAGCUACCAUGUCUGGCCUGUCAUUACAUUUCUUUACCCAGCAUUUCAAUGUGUACUUUGCUUUUCUCACUUGAAAUAGUAACUAGAUAGAAACCCAGUUAGACCAAUGGGUGUCCUUCUUUUUUUUUGAGAUGCUGAUGUUUGAAUAUCUUCAGUGGCUCUUCUUUAAAUCUCUAAUUGGUUUUUUCUUUGUUCUUGUAAUAGAACAUGCAUCAUAAAAUUGAGCAUCUUAACCUUUUUCUUUUUUCUUUCUUUCUUUUUUUUUUUUUUUUUUUUUUAGAAUUCAUCUAUUAAUGCACAUUUGAGUUGCUUCCACCUUCUGGCCAUUGUGACUCAUGCCAGGACACACAGGGUAGUACUAUGGUUUAUAACCAUUAGUAGCCUUGGGACCCUGAGCAACUUCACUGGAGUUCUCUGGGAUCACUGUUUCCUCUUCUGUAAAAUGGGAACUAAAAGGUAUCACAGGCCAGGCGUGGUGGCUCAUACCUGUAAUCCCAGCACUUUGGGAAGCCAAGGCCGGUGGAUCACUUGAGUCAGGAGUUAGAGACCAGCCUAGCCAACACCUACUAAAAAUACAAAAAUUAGCCAGCCAUGGCACCUGUAAUCCCAGCUACUCUGGAGACUGAGGCAGGAGAAUCGCUUGAAAGCAGGAAGCAGAGGUUGCAGUGAGCUGAGAUCCCACCACUGCGCUCCAGCCUGGGUGACAGAGAGAGACUGUUUCAAAAAAACCACAACCAAACAAAAUGCAAAAUGUAUCACAAGCUUGUUGUGAGGAUUGGAGAAGAGGUUUGGUAGUGACAUUGUUGCUAGUUAUACAUUGUGAUCCUGUUGUAUCUGCUGCUAUUCCUUUGGUUAUGUUUAACAAGUUACAUUGUUGCUAGUCAUGUAGCUACACUGCAGUUAUACAUUGUGAUCCUGUUGUAGCUGCUGCUAUUGUUUUAACAACUGAAAUAUUUAACUUAUGAUAAAAUGCCCAUGGUGGGCCUUGGUGGCUCAUGCCUGUAAUCACAGCACUUUGGGAGGCCGAGGCAGGAGGAUCACUUGAGGUCGGGAGUUUGAGACCAGCCUGGCCAACAUGGUGAAACCCCUUCUCUACUAAAAAUACAAAAAUUAGCUGGAUGUGAUGGCGCAUGCUUGUAAUCCCAGCUACUUGGGAGGUUGAGACAGGAGAAUCACUUCAACCCAGGAGGCAGAGGUUGCAGUGAGCUGAGAUCGGGCCAUUGUACUCCAGCCAGGGCGGCAGAGGGACUCUGUCUCAAAAUAAAAUAAAAUGCACAGAUCUUAAGCAUUCGGUUCAAUGAAUUUUGACAAAAAUUAUAUGCACGUGUGUAACCACCACUGAAAACAAAAUGGAGAACAUCUCCUCAACCCAGCUCUUCCCAGCUCUUUCCCAAUACCCCCAGGAAUGACGUCUUACUAUGAUUAUUAACACCAUUGUUGAUGAUUAUCAUUUAGUUUGGUCUUAUUGAAGAAGAGAGUAGAGAAAGAAAUCAUUAGCUUCAUUCAAAAGGUAUGGCACAUGAGAAUGUGAGACGUGGCUUAAGAAGAGUAUUGUUUGAAAACUGUGGCCGGGUGCAGUGGCUCAUGCCUGUAAUCCAAGCACUUUGGGAGGCCGAGGUGGGAGAAUUUUGUCUCUAUUACAGAGAGAGAGAGAGAGAGAGAGGUUUAAGGAAUGCUGGCAGGUUAUCCUAGAUGGGGUUUAUUGCCAGGAGCAGUUAAGAUUCAAAAAGCAAAAAUCUGAGGGUAAAGGAUGCAUGGCAGUUUGUUGGGUGGUGGAUAUACAGCCUCAACACCCAGUGACUUUGAACUCUGUCAAGACAACACAGGGCUGGGUGCCGUGGCUCACAUCUGCAAUCCCAGCACUAGGGGAGGCCAAGGUGGGCAGAUCACUUGAGGUCAGGAGUUCAAGACCAGCCUGACCAACACGGUGAAACCCCAUCUCUACUAUAAAUACAAAAAUUAGCCAGGUGUUGUGGUGCGUGCCUGUAAUCCCAGCUACUGGGGAGGCUGAGGCAGGAGAAUCACUUGAACUUGGGAGGUGGAGGUUGCAGUGAGCAGAGAUUGCACCACUGCACUCCAGCGUGGGGGGCAGGGUAAGACUCCAUCUCAAAAAAGACAAAGAAAAAGAAAGGGGGGUGGGGACAACACAAAGUGUUUGAACAAAAACAGCAUUCACAGAUGCAAAUUCAGGAUCUGGAACUCAUUUUCCCUCCCUCUUUGCUGAGCUGCCAGAAUGUUCCGGGGAUAUCCCUCCUUUCCACUUUCCUCAGUGGCAUGCAGGGUGUACCAAGUAAGUGGGCAAUUGUGAGUUUCUGGAAAUCAGUGAGCUGGUGUGGCUCCUGGCUCCUGGCUCUGGCCAAGGGAGUAGGCUUCCCUGUGUAUGCGCCAGGAGGGGAGGCUGGAGGCUUUUAAAGGCCACAGCUUCGCUGUAGACACGUGCCUCCUUGGCACUUGCUUUGUUGAAAACGCUUUCCCUGGAUAGUCUGUCUUCUGCACAAACCUCUGAAGUUCUUCCGCAUGCUGGAGGGCCUUGCUGCCGGAGGAACGGUCUGACCUCAUCUCUCCUAGAGGAGGCCUUGAACUAAUCUAUCUAUCUAUCUAUCUAUCUAUCUAUCUAUCUAUCUAUCAUCUAUCUAUCUAUCUUUUGUUUGAGCUCAGGAGUUUGAGAAUAGCCUGGGCAACAUAGUGAGAUUCUGUCUUUAUUAGAGAGACAGAGAGAGAAAGAGAGAGAGAGAGAGAGAGAGAGAGAGAGAGAGAGAGAGAGAGAGAGAGAGAGAGAGAGAGAGAAGUUUUAGAGAUGUUGGCAGGUUGUCCUAGAUAGGGCAUACUGCCAGGAGCAGUUCUCCUGGGGAGAGCAAUUCUCCCACCUUGGUCUCCGAAAGUGCUGGGAUUACUCUGUUGCCCAGGCUGGAGUGCAGUGGUACAAUCUCGGUUCACUGCAAUCUCCACCUCCUGGGUUCAAGCAAUUAAUUAUCUUGCCUCAACCUCCAAAGUAGCUGGGAUUGCAGUUGCCUGCCACCACACCCAGCUAAUUUUUGUAUUUUUAGUAGAGAUGGGAUUUCUCUGUGUUGAGAGGAGGCCAGGCUGGUCUUGAACUCCUGACCUCAGGUGAUCCACCCGCCUUGGUCUCCCAAAGUGCUGGGAUUACAGGCGUGAGCCACCUCGUCUGGCCGAGCUAAUGUUUCUGAAAGGUGGAGUACUGUGCUGUGAGCUAGAUGCUUGGUGUGAACUGCCAUCUCCUCAGUGACCCCAUCAGAUGAACACUGUUAGGAUUCCUAACUUGCAGAGAGAGAAAUUGAGGCUGACAGAAAGGUCAGCACUGUGUUUACAGUGAUGCAGCUGCUCCCAAGAUGCACUGCAGCCUUUGCUCUGAGCUCACAGCCUGACCUCAGUAGAGCUGGGAAGCUUUCUCUCUCUCGUUGCUACACUUGAUCAAUGACUGAGUCCCAUCCCUUUAACUCCUUACAUGGCCUUCAAAUCCAUCUUCCCUACCUAAGCUGCCCAUUCACUGACUUCCGAAUGCAUUCUGUCCAUCUCCUAAGAACCAGGUGCUAUGCUGGGCUCUGAGAAUGUGACCGAGAUAAAACUUUUAUCCAAAAAAAUACAGAUAAAAUUUCUUAGCCAGGUUUGGUGGCUCAUGUCUAUAAACCCAGAGCUUUGGGCGGUUGAUGCAGAAGACUUGCUUGAAGCCAGGAGUUAGAGGCCAGCAUGGGCAACAGAGCAAGUCCCUGUCUUUACCAAAAAAGAAAAGAAAAAGAAAAACUGGCUGGGCGUGGUGGCACUCACUUGUAGUCCCAGCGACUUGGGAGGCUGAGGUGGCAGCAUCACUUGACCCCAGGAGUUCGAGAAUGCAGUGAGCCAUGAUUGUGCCACUGUACUCCAGCCUGGGCAAGAGCAAGACCCUGUCUCAAAAAAAAAACCAAACAAACCAACCAAGUCUGUGACUAUUUCCUCCAGAGUAAUUCUUCUUUUCCAUUUUUCAAAAGUACUCUUGCUUUGUUUACUUCUCUAAAAGUUUAAAAACUGUAGCCAAGUUCCAAGAAAGAAAAAGGGAAGCAGAGGGGAAGGAAAACACAGACCUGGAGCCCCUUGUGGGUUAGAUUUCAUGUGAAGUCUGUAAACUGAUCUGGAGGGAAGGAGCGUCUUGACAGCGUUUACUUGACUGUAUUUACCAUCUUAUGUCAGGGAUUUCCUCCCCAUUUUCCCAAGGGUUCCUUCCUAUUCUUAGAAUGUUUUGUGAUUUUGCUUCAGGCACAGUUUGUCCACUUCUUGUAAGGUUUGUUCUUAGAUUGCUGGCCUUAUAUUUAUCUCUCCCUCCCUCCAUCCACUCACUCAUCUCCCCAUCCAUCCAUCCAUCCAUCCACUCACUCAUCUCCCCAUCUAUCCAUCCAUCCAUCCAUCCAUCCAUCCAUCCAUCCAUCCCUCCAUCCACUCACCCAUCUCCCCAUCCAUCCACCCAAUCCAUCCAUCCACCCACCCACCUAUCAUCCACCCAUCCAUCCAUCCCUCCAUCCACUUGCUCAUCUGUCCAUGCAUCCAUCCAUUUAUCCAUUCAUCUAGUCCAUCCAUCCACCCACCCAUCUAUCAUCCAUCCAUCCAUCCAUCCACUCGCUUAUCUGUCCAUCCAUCCAUUCAUCUAGUCCAUCCAUCCACCCACCCAUCUAUCAUCCAUCCCUCCAUCCCUCCAUCCACUCGCCCAUCUGUCCAUCCAUCCAUCCCUCCCUCCUUCCCUCCAUCUACUCACUCAUCUGCCCAUCCAUCCAUCCAUCCACCCACCAUUGAUCAUCCAUCCAUCCAUUCCUCCAUCUGUUCAUCCACUCACCCAUCUGUCCAUCCAUCCCGCUAUCCACUCACUCAUAUGCCCAUUUAUCCAUCCGUCCAUCCAACCGGUCCAUCCAUCCACCCACCCAUCUAUCAUCCAUCCAUCCAUCCAUUCCUUCAUUCAUCCCUCACCCAUCCAUCCAUCCAUCCCUCCAUCCACUUGCUCAUCUGCCCAUUUAUCCAUCCAUCCAUCCCUCCAGUCCAUCCAUCCACCCACCCAUCUAUCAUCCAUCCAUUCAUCCCUCCAUCUAUCCAUUCCUCCAUCCAUUCAUCCACUCACCCUUCCCUCCAUCCACUCAUUCAUCCACUCAUCCAUCCAUCCAUCCAUUCAUCCAUUCACCCAUCCAUCCUUCUAUCUACUCUCCCAACAAUCCACACACCUGUCCCUCCAUCCCUUCUAACCACUCAUCCACCAAUCUUUGUCAUUCAUCUACCCACCCAUCCAUAUACCCACUUAUUCAUUCAUCCACCCAUCUCCAUGUUUCCAUUUAUCUCUCCAUCUAUCCAUGUGUCUAUCUAAUAUGAGGGAGAUGUUCUGAAGCAUUAAAAGUGAUUAUUUUGUAGAAUAGGGGACAGGAAUUGUGUUUUCUUUACUCACUGCCACCUUAUUAAAUGCUUACUAGUUCUAAAAGCCCAGCAAUUGAGUACCUUCAAUUUUCCAACUCUAUAAUUGCAGCAUCUGCAGAUAAUGAUGAUUUGUUGCCUUUUGCCAAUAAUUAGACCAGUUAUUGCUGUUAACCGUUUUACGACAGGAAUUUCCAGAAGAGUGUUUGGUGACACAGCUGAAUGUGGUCAGUGCAGUCUCAUUUCUGAUUUGAGUGGAAUGCAUCAAUUGUUUUACUGCAGAGGAUAAUUACAUAAUUGUUAAUACUCUUGACCUUCCUGUCUUUAGCCUUACUGAGUAAAUGGGGUGUGAUCAUGAAAUCUUGAUUGUCUCAUAGAUGCAAGAGACACAAAUGACAUUUGUCUGUUUAUAAAGAUGGCAGAUUUAUUUUGUUAAGCUGUAAAUAAACCUUUAAGCCCCCACCUCGAUUUUCAAGCGGAGUGGAAUAUUGUUUUUUUUGCCUCUGGCCAAAUGUCAAUAUUUGUUUUAGGAAUGAAUGGAAACUCUGGUGGACUGUAGGUCUGGAUACUCUCCAGACCCUGUGUCGUCACUAAAGUGAGGGUGGGUUUCCGAACCAUUCAGCACCACAGUGAACAGAGACAAAGGGCCUUAGUGAGCAGUACCCAUGGGGGCCCUCUGGGGCUAUUUCUUGUGCCCUGAGAGAGGUCCUAGAUUUGGGACAGUCUGAUUUGUCUCUUGUUUUUUCUUUUUUUCUGGGUGAUGCUACCCCGAUUUCUGGGUUGAAAUAUGACCUCAGUGUGAAGGUCCCAAUCUCAGACCGUCUUGUCUCUGGUAUGUUAAGAAACAGAAAAACACCUUUUAGGACACAAUGUUGACCAUUGGGAAUGCAUAUCAGUGUUCUGGAAAAAAGAAAAACAAAACAAUUUGUACCACGACUGUGGUUUUCAUCAGGGUGGUCUGCCUUUCCCUGUGUGGCUUGAUAGAGAACUGGUUUUGUAAUUUGCAAGGUCAUCUGCAAUAAUGUAAUUUGCCGGUCCUCUUGGUGAAAGCAGAGGACCUGCAUUAGGUCUAAGCUGGCUGGAGUUGACGCAAAACUCUCAUGCUUUGGGAAAAGCAAGUGAUCUUCAGGCAAGAAUGCAAAUGUUGACCUGGCGCAGUGGUUCAUGCCUGUCAUCACAGCAUUUGGGGAGACUAAGGCAAGCUGAUUGCUUGAGUCCAGGAGUUAGAGACCAGACUGGGCAACUUGGUGAAAUCUGUUUCUACAAAACAUACAAAAACCAGCCAGGUGUGGUAGUGCAUGCUUGUAGUCCCAGCUACUUGAGAGGCUGAGGUGAGAGGAUUGCUUGAGUCCAGGAGGUCGAGGCUGCAGUGAGCUGUGAUUGUGCCACUGCACUCCAGCCUGGGCUACAGAACCAAACCAUGUCUCUCCAUCCCCCCUCCAAAACAAAAGAAUGUAAAUGUUUGCUCAAUUAUUCAACUGGUAUUUGUUUGCGCGAUUACUCAACUGGUAUUUUUUCUUUCUUUCUUUCUUUUUUUUUUUUUGAGAUGGACUCUCACUUUGUCGCCUAGCCUGGAGUGCAGUGGCACGAUCUCGGCUCACUGUAACCUCUGUGUCCCAGGUUCAAGCAAUUCUCCUGCCUCAGCCUCCCAAGUAGCUGGGACCACAGGCAUGCACCACCAUACGUGGCUAAUUUUUGUAUUUUCAGUAGAGACGGAGUUUCAUUAUGUUGGUCAGGCUAGUCUUGAACUGCUGACCUCGUGAUCCGCCCGCCUUGGCGUCCCAAAGUGCUGGGAUUACAGGCAUGAGCCACCGUGCCUGGUCUUUAUUCAGCUGGUAUUUAACACACAGUUCUUUUUUCCAGAGCGACUGUCUGACAACAAAUAGUGAAUUUGUUAAUUUUUUACACCAAACCUAUUGAAAAUAAUCGGAAAAGGUACAUGCUGGAAAACUGAAUGUUCUAGAAGCAUUUGUGUUUGCCACCCCAAGAGCAAAAGUCACAGAAUGGCUGGUGUUUAGUGUUAAGAGGAAGGAAUUCCACACAGCCUGUGGCUAACUCUUCUUAUUUCAGUGGUUUCCAAGGUAAGAUUUGAAUUGUUUACUACAGGAAAUUAGCGUAGUAAGUCUCCUCCGGCAUAUAUUUCCAGCAUCCAAGUGGGGUUGCCGAGAUCUUGCUCAAGAGUAGCAAAAUUGGCCAGGGGAGAAGGGCAUUGAAUUUGCAUCCAGGAGUAUUUGCAGGCAGCAAAUACUAAGAGGAUAAUGGGUAUUACAGAUGCUGGAGUGAAAUGUGUAUUUAAAAGUCAUGACAGUAAUUAUAAUAAAUGUUGAUGAUAUAUGUAUACAUAUAAACGUAUAAUAAAAGUAGUAUGCCUUCUAGGCAUAAUAGGGAUAAUAUUAGGUGGGAUUGACAAAUUCUUUAAUCAAAUUAUUUUGAUUUGAUUUUUUAAUCAAAUCAAUUAUAGGCAAUUUGACAUGUGUCCCCAACCCCAGCACCCAUAGGCAAUUUUUAAGAGACAGAGUCUUGCUCCAUUUAUAGGUAAUUUUUGCAAUUUGGAAACCUGUUUGGAGCAGGGGUGUAUGGAGAUGGAAUUGGGCUGUUUCUAGGACCCAUCUCCUCCUUUGGGCAUUUUUUUUUUUUUUUUUUUUUUUGAAACAGGGUCUGGCUCUGUUGCCCAGGCUGGAGUGCAGUGGUGUGAUCAUGGCUCACUGUAGCCUUGACCUCCUGGACUCAAGUCAUUCUCCAGCUUCAACUUCCCAAGCAGCUGGGGCUACAGCACCCACCACCUUGCCCGGCGAAUUUUUUGUAAUUUUAGUAGAGACAGGGUUUCAUCAUGUUGGCCAGGAUGACCUCAGACACUUCUUAAUUUUCCUGUUCUAGUGUUAGAGCCAUUUGAACAAUGAGACUUCCCUCUAACUUUGCGUCAAAGGCAGAGAUGUUGUCAUCUUGGGUUUCAUGUGGUAGAGAAGAGAGACUUCCCAUUCUGGGACAGGGUUUCUCCACCCUGGGUCCUGUGGACAUUGGGGCUGGAUUGUUCUCUGGGGUGGGGCUGUGCUGAGAAGCAUCCCCUGGCUUCCACCCAUUCCAUGCCAGGCGUGCCCCCCAGGCAUGGCAAACACAAAUGUCUCCAGACACUGCCAGUUCUCUCCUAGUGAGCACAAUUGCCUCCAUUUGAGGACCCUUGGACCAGGGUGCUGGAAUGGGGGUGAGGGGUUGUCCUAGCUACGCUGGAGGAUGAAGCAGGAGGAUUGCUUGAUUCCAGGCGUUCGAUGCUGCAGUGAGCUAUGGUCACACCACCACACACUAGCCUGGACAACAGAGCAAGACCCUGUCUCUUAAAAAGAAAACAAUAGGGAAGCCAGAUGGAUGCUGGGGUUGGGGGACAUAUGUCAAAUGUCAGAGGGGUACUCUGCAAUUAUUCCCUGCUCUUUUUGGGGGGACAAAAAUGGAAACCAAGAGCCCAUCAUCAGCCACAUGGUUUGGUUGGCUCGACUCUAGUGCCACCGACAAGAACCACGUCCCUAGUCUUGAGGGACCGAGGAAUCUGGGGAACUAUGAUUUAGGCAUUUAAAAAAAAUAUUUAUUUAUUUAUUUAUUUUGAGACAGAGUUUCAAUCUGUUGCCCAAGCUGGAGUGCAGUGGUGCAAUCUCAGCUCACUGUGACCUCCGCCUUCUGGGUUCAAGCGAUUCUCCUGCCUCAGCCUCCCGAGUAGCUGGGAUUACAGGCACCUGCCACUAUGCCUGGCUAAUUCUGUAUUUUUAGUAAAGAUGGGGUUUCUCCAUGUUGGUCAGACUGGUCUCGAACUCCUGACCUCAGGUGAUCUGCCCACCUCGGCCUCCCAAAGUGCUGAGAUUACAGUUGUGAGCCACCAUGCCCGACCUCUCAUCCCCUUUUCUUUCCUCUGUUCCACCACUCCUACCACUGACACAGUUUGGACCAAGCUUUCUUCAGCCAGCUAUGAGCAGAACCCGGCUAUUUCAUGGGGGUUUGGGGAGCAUCCUUACAGUCCCAGGUCUCUAUGAAAAGUACCCUGGAUUAUCUCUGCAAAAGCCCACCUGCCACUGGUUAGCCAGGAUCAUCUCCAAUUUCAGACACAGCUCCGUCAAAACACUCUUUGCUUGUAUUUAUAACCAUCGUGCAUUUCCUCGGGACACACGUCUUAUGGCUUCUUGGCCCCCGCCGGGGUGCACUGCCUGGCCCAUCGCCCUCCGGCAGAGACAGUGUAUGUCUUUGUGUGUUCUCCUUCCUCUGGUCGAGAUGUGGCUUGGUCACCUGGAGUGGGGCCGUCAGCAAGUCGCCUCGGCUUCAUGGAGGCUCCCUGUCCCCACGGUGGAAGGCUCGGCCACACACCCUGACGUCUCGACACCUUUGAGCUGCUCGUGAAUGGGUUUUCAGAGCUUCCCGUGUUUACUUCGAGGCACGCCUCUGUUUGGACUCUGGGGAAAUUCUUGGCAGAGGAAAAGCCAAGUGGAAAACAGCCCUGCUUGGUGUCAGGCUUGAGGAGGAGGGAGAGAGACUGAAAUGGAGAUUUGCAUGAACUGGUUUGCACAUGUGACAAGACUCAGUAAAAAAAAAAAAUUGUGUUCCAGUCUGUUCUGGUGGCUUACAGGAGGGCAGAUGGGAAAUUUUGGGUGUAAUAGAGUAAUUUACAUCUGGUUAAGGGCUUUGAAGCACCUGAGAACAUCCACGACUCACUAUUUAUUGAGCACCAUCUAUAUGCAGUUUUGAGCAUGUAUUGUUUCCCAGGCACAUGGUCCUCAUGACAAUCUUUUCACAGAGCUCAGAUUUGAACCCAUAGUCUCUCUGGCUUCAGAACGCUAGUAUUUUCUGCUAUACUCCGCCUUACAGAGGAAGGGAACUUUCUACUGGGUUUUGAAGGGUGAAUAGGAGUUCAAUGAAGAAAAAGCAUACUCUGUGCUAACCUUGGCUUCCUGCUCCUGUUAGAAUUGGCCAGAAGCUGAUAUCUGGAGGCCAAAAUUGGGUCACUAGGAUAACCAACUCAUCACAGUGUGUCCAGGUCACCUUACAUUUCACCCAAAAGCAGAAUUUUAUACCAGAGCCUGGACACCGAUUGAAUUCUCUUUAACUCAUUCUGUCAGGAGUACCUCCCUGAGGUAAAGAUGUCGAUGCUCCCUUGCAUCUUAAUGCUGGGCUUGUUUCUCUAAAUACUUCCAUUUCUUGGUUUGGGUAAAAAUCUAAUGAGGUAAUUAAUGCUUAUGACAUGUAAAGUGUGGUGCGUGGCACAUGUAACCUCUUUAGUUUUAGCCUUUUUUUUUUUUUUUUUUUUUGAGACAGAGUCUCAUUCUAUCACCCAGGCUGGAGGGCAGUGGCCUGAUCUCAGCUCACUGCAACCUCUGCCUCCCAGGUUCAAGUGAUUCUCCUGCCUCAGCCUCCUGAGUAGCUGGGAUUACAGGUGCCCACCACCAUGCUUGGCCAAUUUUUGUAUUUUUAGUAGAGAUGGCAUUUCACCAUGCUGGCCAGGCUGGUCUCAAACUCCUGACCUCAGGUGAUCCAAGUGCUGGGAUACAGGCGUGAGCCACGGCACCCAGCCAGUUUUAGCCAGUUCUCAUUGGCUUCCUCCUUUGCAUUUUUUGCAAGGGAGCUGGCCUCCCUGUCCCUGGAGUAAGCAGGCUUCCUCAUACCUCUCCUCCUCUAAGGAAGCGCAGUUACCUUUAGCCUGGCCCUCCCCAAGGACAUAGCUAGGUCCCCCACCAAGAGCAAGGAGUGGAUAUAAUGACUGCCAAAAAAUAGGGGAGCCAGACUGGGUGCAGUGGCCCAUGCCUGUAAUCCCAGGACUUUGAGAGACCGAGGUGGGAGGAUUGCUUGAGGCCAGGAUUUCAAGACCAACCUGGGCAAUGUAGCAAGACCUUGUCUCUAAACAAAUAAAAAAAUUAGUCAGCUGUAGUGGCCCAUGCCUGUAGUCCCAGCUACUUGGGAGGCUGAGGCAGGAGGAUCGCUUGAGCCCCGAAGUUCGAUGCUGCAGUCAGCUAUGGCCACACCACUGCACACCAGCCAGGACAACAGAGCAAGACCCUGUCUCUUAAAAAAAAAAAAUAGGGAAGCCAGAUGGGUGCUGGGGUGGGGGAUGCAUGUCAAAUGUCAGACCUCUGUCUGAGUAAGGAAACAGGUUCAGGGUUGGGAGUCAGGGCCAAGACAGCUUGAGGUCACCAGAGGCCAGGGAUUUGCAUACAGGCUGCAGUCCAAAGUACCAAGCUGGGCUAGAUAGAUGUUGGCAGAAUCUGUUCUCUUCUGUGCACUGCCGCCCUCUUUCCUUCCUCGUGAAUGCUGUCAGCUGAGCAUGGGUCACUCCUGCUCAUUUACCGAGGACAUAGGCUCAGGGUGUCUUCUAGCUCUCAACCCACCCCAGACUCUGACCUAGCCUUUCCCAAAUGGUGUUCUGAAGAAAAAUGAAAAGAUUGGCCGGGCAGGGUGGCUCACACCUGUAAUCCCAGCACUUUGGGAGGCCAAGGCAGGUAGAUCACAAGGUCAGGAGUUCCAGGCCAGCCUGGUCAAUAUGGUGAAACCCUGUCUCUACUAAAAAUACAAAAAUUAGCCCGGUAUGGUGGCAGGUGCCUGUAGUCCCAGCUCCUUGGGGGGGGUGGGUUGAGGCAGGAGAAUCGCUUGAACCUAGAAGGCAGAGGUUGCAAUGAGCCAAGAUCAUGCCACUGCACUCCAGCCUCAGUGACAGCGUGAGACUCCAUCUCAAAAAAAAAAAAAAAAAGAAAAAGAAAAAAAUGGAGAUUGUUACAAGGAUCAUGUGUCUGCUGAGUUGUGCAUACUUGGUAAGUGUAAACAAAACAGUUGGUGCUCAAUAAAUCGUGGCUUUAUGAGGAUCUUCCCAGCUGCUUCCCAGCCCCGAGUUUGCUGUAUAAUUGCUCUUGAUCCCUACAACAGACCUAUCAGGCGGAUGUUGCUUGUUGCUGGCAAGUCAACAGGGGGUCUGGAGUAGCUGAAUUGCCUAGAGAGAGGGCCACAGCUAGGAAGGAAGAGUUGAAACAGUGUGAUGCCACAGCCAUGCGAACUUCACCUUGCAAAAUCACAUCGUGUUUUUGGCUUUGCAGGCUGUGGGAUCUCGGUGGUUUCUUUUUUUCUUUUUCUUUUCUUUACUUUCUUUCUUUUUUUUUUUUUUUUGAGAUGGAGUCUUGCUCUGUCACCCAGGCUGGAGUGCAGUGGUGCUAUCUUGGCUCACUGCAACCUCUGCCUCUCAAGCGAUUCUCCUGCCUCAACCUCCCAAAUAGCUGGGAUUACAGAUGUGUGACACCACGCUCAGCUAAUUUUUGUUUGUUUGAGAUGGAGUCUGCAGUGGCGCAGUCUCAGCUCACUCCAACCUCCACCUCCCAGGUUCAAGAGAUUCUUCUGUCUCAGCCUCCUGAGUAGCUGAGAUUACAGGCGUGAGCCAACACACAUGGCCAAUUUUUGUAUUUUUAGUAGAGAUGGGUUUCCAACAUGUUGGCCAGAAUGGUCUUCAUCUCUUGACCUCAUGAUCCACCCAACUCAGCCUCGAAAAGUGCUGGGAUUACAGGCAUGAGCCACCGUGACCAGCCAAUUUUUGUACUUUUAGUAGAGACAGAGUUUCUACUAAAAACAUGCUGGCCAGGCUGGUCUCGAACUCCUGACCCCAGGUUAUCUGCCCGCCUUGGCUCGCCAAAAUGCUGGGAUUACAGGCACAAGCCACCACGCCGAGCCCAGGAUCUCUAUCUUGACUUCACUACUCUGCUGCUGUACCACAAAUGCAGCUAUAGACAGGAAAAUGAAUGGUGUCCCUGUGUUCCAAUAAAACUUUACUAAACAGGCAAAGGGCUGGAGUUUGCUCACCCCAUCCAGGCUAAAGAAAGAACCAAACCAGCGGCCUCAGGACUUAACAUUAUUCCUUUUUUUUUUUUUUUUUGAGACAGUCUUGAUUUGUUGCCUAGACUAGAGUACAGUGGCUGGAUUUUUGCUCACUGCAACCUCCACCGUGCAGGUUCAAGUGAUUCUCCCACCUCAGCCUUCCAAGUAGCUGGGGUUACAGACACACAGCACCAAGCCUGGCUAAAUUUUGUGUUUUUAGUAGAGACAAGGUCUCACCAUGUUGGCCAGGUUGGUCUCAAACUCUUCACCUCAAGUGAUCUGCCUGCCUUGGCCUCCCAGAGUGCUGGGAUUACAGGCAUGAGCCACCACGCCCGGCCUGCUGAGGACCUUAUUCCCGGUGGGGACUCUGCAGAGUCCUGACAGGGCAGGACAUCACGUGGUGAGGGGGCUGAGAGUGCCAGUUCAGGUCUCUCUUCCUCUUCUUACAAAACCACUAGUCCCACUCCCAUGAAUGGAUUAAUCCACUUAUGCAGACAGAACCCUUAUAAUCACCUUUUAAAGGCCCCACCUCUCAAUACUUCCACAUGGGGGAUUACAUUUCAACAUGAGAUUUGGAGGGGACAGAUAUCCCAAUCAUACUAUUAUGUUACCAGUAAAAUUUAUAACCUAGGAAUAAUGAUGGCCAAUGUGUGGCAGGCUUACCGAAUACUAGAUCCUGUGUGUUUUAUACCUAGUAUUUAAAAAAUUUUUUUAGUUACUGCAUAAGGUAUGCUCUGUCAGUCUCAGUUUUUUGAAUGAGCAUAACAGGACUGAACCUACUUAGAGUUGGCACAAGUUGUAAAAAUAGGUUCACGGCUGGGCGUGGGGCUCAUGCUUGUAAUCCCACAGUUUGGGAGGCUGAGAAGAGAGGAUCACCUGAAGUCAGGAGUUUGAGACCAGCCUGGCCAACAUAGUGAAACCCCAUCUCUAGUAAAAGUACAAAAAUUAGCCAGGCGUGGUGGUAGGCGCCUGUAAUCCCAGCUACUCAGGAGACUGAGGCAGGAGAAUCACUUGAACCCAGGAGGCAGCGGUUGCAAUGAGCUGAGAUGGGGUCAAUGCACUGCAGCCUGGGCGACAGAGUGAGACUUUGGUCUCAAAAAUAUAUAUAUAUAUAUAAAUAAGAUUUACUUUUGCCACCAACUUGAAAAGGAGGCAAACACAAGACUACCCAUCUCUGGAGAGGAGACAUUCAGUUUUGCCUAUUUGGCAUUCCUGGAGACAGAAGCAUAUUUGCAUGGGUUAGAACCAUAUUUUGCAUGGGAAGGCAGUCAGACCACGUUGUGUGGACUCCAUUUCCAGAACCAGCUUCCUUUAUUCCUUCGGACUCUAUGAUUGGCUUAGGGGAGGGCGCAUGACUCAGGCUGGGCCAAUCAGUUUUCCCUCAUCCCUCCAGCCUCUAUGAUUGGGUCAGGGGUGGGCAUGUGACCCCAGAGGGUUUCAUAAGAUUCAGUUCUGAGACUUUGGUGGGAGUGAUUGAAAGAGAGUUUUUUCCUUGCUAGGUCUUUCUUGCUGUGACGCUAUAAUCCAGGUGCUACCAUGUGGAGACCACCUGUCUCAGACUUCUGACACUACAGAGGGAAGCAGGACUGAGAAAAGGAGAGGGAGAGAGACAGGGUCCCCAUUACAUCAUUUGACACCUGGAUCUAGCUGUACCUGAAAGCAUCCUUGUCCUAUGACUUGUUAGUUACAUGAACCAGAACCUAACCUUGCCUUUCCUUCCUUUUUUCUUUCUUUCUUCUUUCUUUCUUUUUUUUCCCUCUCUCUCCCUCCGUCCCUUGUUUCCUUCCCUCCCACUCUCCCUUCUCUCUCUCUCUUUCUUGCUUUCUUUUUGUAUAACUGAGCUUUCUGUUUGUUCUCACAAACUGAGAGAGAUCUUGCUAAUCCAAGGCAUGACAAUCAAAGCAACAUGUGAAGCCCAAAGAGCUGCAGAACUGCCCUCAUGACUUCCAGCCCCUGGGGUGGUCAGUGGAGAUAACUGGAGCCCAAGAGCUUCAGACGCCAGUGUAGAGGUUGGGAAGGUUGUGGUUGGGAGAGAGUGAUCUAUCUGGUCCCUGCAACCGACACCACAGCAGUUUUAUCCUGGAUUCUGGGUAAGAUCUUCAGGUCCUGGGAAGCGGGACAAAGCCCUUACUCAGAUGUUGGAUUGCAGGUCUUUUUUUUUUUCAAGUCCACUUUAAAUGUGUCUGAAAACCACACACAGAGUGACUGCUGCACAGAAGAGUGAAUGGUUCAUGCCUCCUUCUUUGCUGUCACCAACAAGCCAGUUGCCUGUUUCUCUGUCGUGGGACUCUUGGCUGGAGUUCACUGGCUGAUUUCCUGCUGCCUCUGAGCCUCUGUACUUGCUGUUCCCUCUACCUACAUGCUUUUCCCUGUGAUCCUUCCUCACAUGAUUUCCUCAGAUUGUCUUUGCUCAAACAACAGACUGGGUGCGGUGGCUCAUGCCUAUAAUCCCAGCACUUUGGGCAGCCAAGGCAAGUGGAUCACUUGGGAUCAGGAGUUUGAGACAAGCCUGGCCAACAUGGAGAAACCCCAUUGCUACAAAAAAUACACACACACAAAUAGCUAGCUGUGGUGGCGGUUGCCUGUAAUCCCUGGUACACUUGGGUGGCUGAGGCAGGAGAAUCACUUAAACCCAAGAGGUGGAGGUUGCAGUGAGCUGAGAUCGUGCCAUUGCACUCCAGCCUGGGCAACUGAGAAAGACUCCGUCUAAACAAAACAAACAACAAGAGGCAAGACGUUCAGUGUGCCCAAUCUCUGAGAAAAGCCCAUGGUCAUUAACCCCAGGUCUGCCUCUUUUGAGCAGGGUGACAUUAGGUAACUGAGUUGAUUUCUCUUAGAUGAAAUUUCCUCACCUGUAAAAUAAUAAAGUCUAUUCCAUGCUUAUUCAACCACAGUACUGAGGAAGUCUCAGGCUGGAUUAGUCUUUCUGGUGGGGGAUGUCCUGGGCAUUUCAGGCCUCUCCUCACUAGAUGCCAGUCACAUUUCCACCCCACACCAGUUGCGACAACCAGAAAUGUCUCCCAGACACUGCCAAGUGACCCCCAGGGCGGGGUGGGGGUGAGUCAGAAUUUCUCCCCCUUCUCCCUGUGUUUCCUUAUGGAGAUGCAAUGUGUUUAUUUCUUUGCUGACCGUUUUGCAAUCUCUCUUGCCUCACUGCAAGUCUGGGGCUCUCCUAACUCCAUCACCAUCCCAUCCUCCCACGGUGAAGAGAGCUUUCGGGACUAUCCCAAGCAACAGAUUCUUGGGUGCAGGGUUCUGUUACCUUCCGGGGGUUGUAUUUCUGCUGAGUGAUGGGUACAUGAGAAUGCUCUGUCUCAACCUUGCAUCUUUUAUGUUUUGUUUUUACAAAGAAAAAAGGAAAAGGUGAGAGAUGUCACUCGAUGUCUGCUACCGAAACGUUCUGCGGCUGGUAGAGGAAAAUCCUGGGAAGGGUGGAUGUAGUCGGUGGAAUGAUGCCCCUCCCUGCCCCCAGAGAUGACCACGUUGUAAUCUCUGUCACCUGUGAAUUCAGUGCCUCACUUGGCACAAGGCUCUUUGCAGAUGUUGUGAUUAAGUUGAGGCUCUUGAGAUAGAGGAUGAUCCUAGAUUAUCCGGUGCACCAGAUGCCAUCACAGGGAUUUUUUUCAGGUAAAGAGGGAGGCAAGAGAGUCGAGUGCUAUCAUGAAGAAAAAGGGGCUGCCUUAAAAGCUGGAUUCUUUCUGGAGUCUCCAGAAGGAAUCAGCCUUUGUGACACCUUGAUUUUAGCCUUGUAAAACUCAUUUUGGGCUUUGUGUGUGUGUGUGUGUGUGUGUGUGUGUGUGUGUGUGUGUGUGUGUGAUGGAGUCAUGCUUUGUUGCUUAGGCUGGAGUGCAGUGGUGCGAUCUCAGCUCACUGCAACCUCUGCCUCCUGGGUUCAAGCAACUCUUCUGCCUCACCCUCCCAAGUAGCUGGGACUACAGGCGUGCACCACCAUGCCUGGCUAAUUUUUUUUUUUUUUUUUUUUUUUAGCAGAGACAGGGUUUCACCAUAUUAGCCAAGCUCAUCUCAAACUCCUGACCUCUUGAUCUGCCUGCCUCAGUCUCCCAAAGUGCUAGGAUUACAGGCAUGAGCCACUGCGCCUGGCCUCAUUUUGGGCUUUUUAACCACCCAAACUGUAAGAAAAUAGGCAGGGCAUGGUGGCUUGUGCCUGUAAUGCCAGUGCUUUGGGAGGCCAAGGUGGGAUGAGUUUUUGAGGCUAUGAGUUUGUGACUAGUCUGGGCAAUAUAGCAAGACCCUAUUUCUACAAAAAAGAAAAAAAAGAAAAGGAAAAAUUGGUCAGGCUUGGUGGCACACGUCUAUAUCCCAGCUACUUGGGAGAUUGAGGUGGGAGGAUUGCUUGAGCCUGGGAGUUCGGGGCUGCAGUGAGCCAUGAUUGCACCACUGCACUCCAGCCUAGGCAACAGAGUAAGAUCCCGUGGCAAGAGAAAAUAGCAAAUUUAUGUCAUUUUACGUUUGCAGGCAUUCGUUACAGCAGAAAUGGGGAAUGGGUACAGUGAGAAACCUAUCAUCUGGGCCUGGAAACCCCCUCUGGGCAGGUCUCUAGCCUGGGGCCAACAGGAGUUGGAGCAGGGGCUUGGUGAGAGGCAGAUGGGGUCCCCAGCAUCCUGAUGGCCUUGCUGUGGCUUCUGGGGAUCCCUGCAGUGGUUCCUAUUGGGAUGCACUCAGGGUGGCUGGCAAAAUAUUAGGGAACUAUUAGGGAAAGUUAGAGGAUUAUAGUCUCGAACCUUUUGGAAGGCGGAAAAGUUUUGAUGUAAUGGGCUGAAGGCAGCCAGUUCAUUAUGUUAGAGUUUAAGUCACAGGGUGAAAGAUAGGGACAAUGAAGCUUCCGCAGUUGUCUGUUACCCCACACCCCUUUGUUUCUGCUCUGUUUGCUCAUGUAGACUUUGUGCUGGAUGGUCCUCUCGGGGGGAGGUCAAAGGGAGGGGAAUUACCUGUUAAUGGUGUUUACUCUGGGCCCUGGUACCUAAAGCUUUUAUCAUUCAUAAACCCACUCUUUUGUUUGUUUGUUUUUUGAGAUGGAGUUUCACUCUUGUUGCCCAGGCUGGAGUGCAAUGGUGUGAUCCAGGCUCACCCUCCACCUCCCGGGUCCAAGCAAUUCUGCCUCAGCCUCCCGCGUAGCUGGGAUUACAGGCGUGCACCACCACGCCCGGCUAAUUUUGUAUUUUUAGUAAGGACAGGGGUUUCUGCAUAUUGGUCAAGCUGGUCUCGAACUCCUGAUCUCAGGUGAUCUGCCCACCUCAGCCUCCUAAAUUGUUGGGAUGACAGAUGUGAGCCACCUCGCCCAGCCGUAAAACCACUCUUUCAACCAUGUUAAUUAUCCACAAGUGUGUUGACUUAGAACCUCUAUUAUUAGAUCUAUAUAGAAUAAAUGUGAGGACGUACAGGGAGUUAUGAUCAGUUGGCUGUAACUGCCCUCUGAAAGCAGCUGACAACCAUCCCUAGCCCUCUCAGGUCAGUACAUGUGAGUGCAUUCAUUCAUCCAUCACUGAGUCAGGGUCUGCAGGACAGACCUCUGCAGGUGGUGGUUGACGUCUCAGGUGGUGACUCCGACGUGAUCGAGAUCUCUGUUCCCUUAGAUCGUGGCACUUUGUUCCUUCCUAGACCUCCUGGAUACAAGGGGCCUGCACUUUAGAACCUAGAGCCCAGGAACAGCCCCAGUGGUUCCCUGUUACCUUCUGGAUGUCAGUCCUGCUACUGUGCACCUCUCCCCAACUCUUGGUACACAGUGGGAGUUCAGGGGCCGACUCCUUUGUACCACAUAACAACACGGGGGUCCAAGAGCCCAAGAGUUCAUGCAAUAUUCUCUUUAGGAUUUCAAGUCACAGUCAGUACUUCCAUCCUUUUUUUUUUUUUUGAGACGGAGUCUUGCUCUGUCGCCCAGGCUGGAGUGCAAUGGCACAAUCUCAGUUCACUGCAAUCUCUGCCUCCCAGGUUUAAGCGAUUCUCCUGACUCAGCCUCCUGAGUAGCUGGGAUUACAGGCCCCUGCCACCAUACCUGGCUUUAAAAAAAUUUUUUUUUUAAUUUUUAGUAGGGAUGGGGUUUCUCCAUGUUGGCCAGGCUGGUCUCGAUCUCCUGACCUCAGGUGAUCCUCCCACCUCAGCCUCCCAAAGUGCAGGGAUGCCAGACGUGAGCAACCACACUGGGCCUACUUCCAUCUUCUUAGCCACUUUACCCUGAAGUGAGACCAUGAGAUUAGGAACCUGUUUCAAUUCUGUUGAAAUUUCCCAACAGAGCUGGGGCUUUGUGAUUCAAAUAUGUUCAAAGAAGGAAGCGGAAAUGAGGGAUGGUAUCAAAAAAGGAGGCUCGAGGCCAGAUGCGGUGACUCACGCCUGUAAUCCCAGCACUUUGGGAGGCUGAGGUGGGCAGAUCGCCUGAGGCCAGGAGUUGGAGACCAGCCUGGCCAAUAUGGGGAAACCUCGUCUCUACCAAAAAAUAAAAAAAAUUGACCAGGCAGGGUGGUGCAUGCCUGUAAUCCCAGCUACUCAGGAGGCUGAGGCAGGGGAAUCACUGGAACCCAGGAGGCAGAGGUUGCAGUGAGCUGAGAUCAUACCACUGCACUCCAGCCUGGGUGACAGAAUGAGAUUCUAUCUCAAAAAAAAGGAGGCUCAGUAGUUUUUAGGGACUGCUGGCAUUUCCAAGCUAUAGGCAUUUUGCUUUGAGUCUUUUUCCGUCUUCAGAGUCAUCCUGAAGUGGAACCGGGAGGGGACUGAGUGGGUGGAGGGGGUGCUGGCGGGGAUGGCUGUCUGCUCUGCUGGAAAUGAGAGUCUGGGAGAUCAGUGUGGUGUUUCUGGAGUGAUUCUUAACCCCAGAUAUAGAGAGUGACACAAGGGCAUAAAUACGAUGAACAAUAACCUUCCCUGGUGUCCUUGUGUGAAGCAUUUGACCAUCUGGGCAAGGAUUGGGAGCGCCUGAGCUGACUGGUGCUUCCAUGAACAACACAGACUCACAGCCUGUGGUCCUGCAUUCGAAUCCUGGUUCUUCCACUUCUUUGCCGUGUGACCUUUGUCUACAAAAAAUAAAAAAAUUAGCUAGGCACAGUGGCAUGUGCCUGUAGCCCCAGCUACUUGGGAGGCUGAGGCAGGAAGAUCCCGUGAGCCCUGGGGUCAAGGCUGCAGUGAGCUAUGAUUGCACCACUGCACUCCAGCCUAGGCAACAGAGCCAGACCCUGAAGAAAGAAAGGAAAGGCAGGAGGGAAGAAGGAAGAAAGGAGGAAGGGAGGGAGGGAAGGAGGGAAGGAAGUGGGAGGGAAAGGAGUGGGGACAGAAGGAAGAAAGGAAGGAAGGAGGGAAGGAGGGAAAGAGGGAGGAAGGAAGUGGGGAAGGAAGGAGUGAAGGAAGGCAGAAGGGAAGAAGGAAGGAAAGAGGGAAGGAGGGAGAGAGGAAUGAGGGAGGGAGGCGGGAGGGAGGGAGUGGGGAGGGAGGGAAGGAAGAAGGAAAAAUGGAGGGAGGAAAGGAGAGAACAAGAAAGGAAGAAGGGAGGGAAGGAACAAGGAAAGAGGGAGGGAGGGAGAAAGGGAGGGAGGAAGGAAGGGAGAGAAAGGAUAGGAAGGGAUGGACCUUCAGAACUACUAAACAUCUCUUUCCUCAUCUAUAAAAAGAGAGAUAAAUCAUCAUAGUACCUUCCUCUAUGGUCACGGAGUGGAUUAAAUUAGACAAGGUUUGCAAAUCCCCUCACGCAUACCUGGCCCCCAAUUUAGUUCCUUGGGCUGUAGCUGAUAGAGGUUUAAAACCCCCAAACCGCUGUGUUGAAAUCUCUCACGUGGACAACCAGCCCACCGGCAGAGAAAGUCAUUUUUCCAUCCUGGGUAAACAGAGAAGAAUGAGGACCUGAGGCCAGGUUAGAGAGACCUCGCUCUGUGACCUUGGGAAGGCUUGUAACUUUUAACUUGAAUGCUAACGUCUGGUUCCCUCCGGUUAGGCGGUGGGUCAGAGGCCCAGCCGUCUUGAAGUUUCUGUUACCUUCAGUCGUUGGUUUAUUUGUUCAGCAAAUGUUUAUGGAGGGCCAGCACCAGGGGAGGGAUAAGAACUGGAGUUCUGGGAGGACGUGCAAAGAAACAAGUUCCGAGCUCCAGGGAAGAAAGAGGGCAUUGCCUCUCUCCGGGAAAAUGUUUCUUCUCAUACCUGGUUCAUUUCUUAAAUGGAAUGGCCCCCUUCACAUGAGUAUGGAGUUUAGUUACAAAGAGAAAACGCCUUCAUCACAUUGUCACCCUUAAAAGACAUUUAUUGAGAAGCUGGUUCAUAGACUUCUCGUCCGGAUUGUUAAUAGGCAAUCCAUCUGGGUUUUGGGAAGUUCAAGUGUCUAUAUUCCUUUUCCUUUCUUUCUUUCUUUUUCUUUUUUUUUGAGACAAAGUCACUCUGUCGUCCAGGCUUGAGUGCAGUGGUGUGAACUCAGCUCACUGCAACCUCGCCUCCCAGGUUCAAGCAAUUCUCCUGCCUCAGCCUCCCAGGUAGCUGGGAUUACAGGCACUCACCACCAUGCCCGGGUAAUUUUUUGUAUUUUUAGUAGAGACGGGGUUUCACCACGUUGGCCAGGCUGGUCUUGAACUUCUGUCCUCAGAUGACCUGCCCACCUCAGCCUCCCAAAGUGCUGGGAUGACAGGCAUGAACCACCACACCCAGCCAGUUCUGACUUGUAACCUGUGAUUUGACUUUUCCCAUCUGAAGUCUUUCCCUGCUGAUCUUGAGUUGUUGAAGGUGUUGCUUUUCUUCGUAGACAAUUAGAGCAGCGCAUGCACUGGGCUGUGGAUGAUGAUACUUUGAAGAUGUGCAAAUGAUUUGCAACCUCUGCUGCAGAAGUCAACCUUCUGAGAUGGUCUUCGGCUCAAUAAAUAAAGGACCUGCAAGAGAGGAUUUAUCUUGAGUAUUCCUUGGGGAGAGAAGCAAAGGGAAGAUGAAGGCUAGAUAACCAUUCUUUGCACACUUUGUGGAGGGUGGGUUCUCGCAGUGCCCUGCGGGGGCUUAAAGCGUCUUCACUGUUGCUCUAAGCCUCACAUUUUAAACAGAGCUGGAAAGGGACCCUGAUUGCUGGCCUGGGAUCCUUGUGUGCUAUAGGAAUUCACUGAGGGGGCCGAGGCUGAAGAGGUCUACUAGACGGUGGCACAGAAGCAGAUGGAAAUUUCUCUCUGGCUGGGCACAGUGCUGUAAUCCCAGCACUUUGGGAGGCUGAAGUGGGUGAAUCACCUGGGGUCAGGAGUUCAAGACCAGCCUGGGCAACAUGGUGAAACCCCACUCUGCUAAAAAUACAAAAAAUUAGUGGGGCAUGGUGGCAGGCACCUGUAAUCCCAGCUAUUUGGGAGGCUGAGGCAGGAGAAUUGCUUGAACCCAGGAGGCGGAGGUUGCAGUGAGCUGAGAUUGUGCCAUUGCAUUCCACCCUGGACAAAAAGAGUAAAACUCCGUCUCAGAAAAAAAAAAUAUGUAUAUAUAUGGUCAGGCGUGGUGGCUCAUGCCUGUAAUCCCAGCACUUUGGGAGGCUGAGGUGGGCAGAUCACCUGAGAUCAGGAGUUUGAGACCAGCCUGGCCAACAUGGUGAAACCCCGUCUAUACUAAAAAUACAAAAAUUAGCCAGGCAUGGCAGUGCAUGCCUGUACUCCCAGCUAUUCGGGAGGCUGAGGCAGGAGAAUCCCUUGAACCUGGGAGGCGGAGGUUGUGGUUAGCCGAGAUUGCACUAUUGCAUUCCAGCCUGGGCAACAAAGAGCAAAACUCCAUCUCAAAAAACAGAAAUCCAAAAAUAAAUUUAAAAAAAUUCUCUCUGAUUCUGCCUGCCUGCCAGGCUGGAAGCACCAUGAGGUCAAUAUCCACGAUGCCUUGUUGCUAUUGAAGUGGCCCCCAAAACAUGGCAGACCCUCAGCAAGCCUUGGACAGGCGGAUAUGCAUUCAAUUCAAUGUGUCUGCAAGGUGGGAGCUGAGUGGGAAUCGCAGGGCUUGGGUCUUAGGGAUGAUGGGAAACAGCAGGGUGACCGAGGGGAAGCCAGAGCAGUGGGCUGCUGGAGUCCCCAAAAGCUGUAAAUCAGGGUCUGAUGGACAGAAAGAUGGGCCCACUCAGCCAUUUCAGUGCCAUCCUCUUUGAUGAUUUCCCUCUGGCUUUGGCAAGGGUCUCAUUCACCAAGUGGCCCUCACCCUAGGGUGGGUCUGGAUAUUUCUGGGGACAUCCGUGGUGGCCCCACCUCGAGGUGGGGGUUGCUUGGCAUGGAGUGGGAUGCUCCUGAGCACCGCAGUGUGCAAGACAGCCCUACCCCAGACGAAGAUCCGGCUUCGAAUACCGCCAGUCCUGAGGCUGAGCAACCCUACUUUAAGGUAACAGCGGCUGGGUACGGUGGCUCACGCUUGUAAUCCCAGCACUGUGGGAGGCCGAGGCAUGUGGAUCACCUGAGGUCAGGAGUUCGAGAGCAGCCUGGCCAACAAGGAAAAACCCCGUCUGUACUAAAAAUACAGAAAAAUUAGCCAGGCAUUGUGGUGGUCACCUGUAACCCCAGCUACUCGGGAGGCUGAGGCAAGAGAACUGCUUGAACCUGGGAGUCGGAGGUUGCAGUGAGCUGAGAUUGUGCCACUGCACUCCAGCCUGGGUGACAGAGCGGGACUCUGUCUCAAAAAAGAAGCAAACAAAUAAACAAACAAAGAUAACAAUGAUGGGGGAAUUUUCCAACCCAGAGGCUGAGUCCGUGACUUAGAAAAUGGUCCCAGCAUUAACAGGUGUUGGAUUCGUGAGGAUAAAGGGAGAGGGGUGUCGCCUGUGACCCCACCCUGCCCCAGACAAACUGAUCUUCCCGCCAAAGCUCUAUUUGGCACAAGAAGUGUUUUUGUUGUUUCUUGCCGGGGGCAGCUCCCUGAUAAGCCUUGUGGAUUGUUCCAGAUCGCGUGGAUGGGGACAGGUUCCUACUCCGCGGCUGCCUGCCCUGACCCGGUGGCUUUCAGUCUGUGGGAGCGGAGACAGCUGUUUUGCAGUUGACUCUGCCCUGUGUAAAUGAGGUUAUGCAUGUUUUGGUUCACGAGGGGUCACUGAUUGUGCACUUUUCUUUUGUUGUUAGUCAAUUUAAUUUGUUACUAAUAAUAAAAUCCGGAACUUACCUGGCCCUGGAGUUCCAGGUCAUUUAGAAUGCUUGGUGGCAUGCGUGUCCUUUCCAAACACCAGCUCCUUUGGAAAACACAGGGGAUGGAGCGAAAUCCUCACCUGGGUUUGACUGGCAGUGGGGUGACAGCAUCAUCUUCUGAAAACUGAAUUUAGCUUAUUGCUAAAUAAGACAGCACAGGCUGGGUGCAGUGGCUCACAUCUGUAAUCCUAGCACUUUGGGAGGCCAAGGCGGGUGGAUCACGAGGUCAGGAGUUUGAGACCACCAGCCUGACCAACAGAGUGAAACCCUGUCUCUACUGAAAAUACAAAAAUUAGCCGGGAGUGGUGGCAGGCACCUGUAAUCCCAGCUACUCAGGAGGCUGAGGCACUAGAAUUGCUUGAACCUGGGAGGUGGAGGUUGCAGUGAACCAAGAUCGUGCCACUGCACUCCAACCUGGGUGACAGAGCGACACUCGGUCUAAAAAACAAAAAUUAACUGGGUCUGGUGGUGUGCGCCUGUAAUCCCAGUUACUGGAGAGGCUGAGGCAGGAGGAUCAGUUAAGCCUGGGAGGUCGAGGCUGCAGAGAGUUGUGAUAGGCAGCCUGGGUGACAGAGCACGACCUUGUCUCAAAUCAAAGCAAAGCAAAACACAACAAAACAUGAUUUUUAUGGAGUUGAGCUCAACGUUUGCAUACACAUAAAGAACCAAAGCUGGAGAUUUCAAAUAAAUAUCCGGCUUCUGCAGGCUGCCUGGAGUGAAGUGAAAGUGAGGCAUCAGUCACCCCGGCUGGAGUGCAGUGGCGUGAUCACAGCUCGUUACAGCCUUGACCUCCUGGGCACAAGCAGUCCUCCCACCUCAGCUUCCUGAGUUGCUGGGACCACUGGCGUGCGCCGCUAUGUCCAGCUAAUUUUAUUUAUUUAUUUAUUUAAUUGUUUGUUUAUUUAGGGAUGGAGUCUCUGUUGCCCAGGCUGGACUGCAGUGGCACAAUCUUGGUUCACUGCAACCUUCGCCUCCCAGGUUCAAGCAAUUCUAGUGCCUCAGCCUCCUGAGUAGCUGGAUCACAGGCAUGUGCCACCAUGCCCAGCUAAUUUUUGUAUCCCUAGGGAAGAUGGGGUUUUGCCAUGUUAUCUAGGCUGGUCUUGAGCUCCUGGGCUCAAGCGACCCACCCACCUGGGCCUCCCAAAGUGCUGGGAUUAUAGGUUCGAGCCACUGUACCCGGCUACAGCUGUUGUUUUCUCGCUGGCUUGAGAACUGUUUCUCUCAGGCUGGUCAAGGUUAUGACAAUGUGUGUGCUGUGUGCACGCGUGUGUGGUCAGAUUCCAUUUUUCUAAUGCAAAGUUUCUAUUUGGGUAUCUGCUGUUUAAUUUUUCAAGGAUUUUUUUUUCCCGGUUGCUAAGGAAAGUGCAUUAAAUUUUAUCUUUGCAUCCUGUAAAACUGUUUGUGAAUAAUACACAGCCAGAGGGAUGACUGGCUGAGAAAACAGAUAGGAAGGAAGUUGGGGGGGUGGUGCGGGGAUUUCUAUGAGACCCAAGAAACACCUUUGAUCUUUAGAUUUCAAAGUGGAAAACUCAAGGUGAGGUGGGAGCGGAAUUAGGAGUAAACCCAAGACCGACCGGGCAGUUCCUCCUGGCAGCCACAGAACGGUAACGUGGCAUGAGAUCAGUGAUCUCUCAGAGGGGCAUGUUGUCUUUCACUUAGAUGAGUUCCAAGAAGCAGAAGUUCGUGAGCCAAACACAAGGUGGUUUUCUGGGAGGUACAAGGGCUGGAAGGGGGGCCCGUUCUUACCCAUAAAUCCCUUUCCAUGCCCAAGGCCAAGCUCCUGUAACUCUUUUCUUUCUUUUCCUUCCUUCUUUCCUCCCUUCAUCCCUCCUUUCUUUCUUUCUCUUUCCCUUUCUUUCUUUCUCUUCCUUUCCCUCCCUCCCUCCUUUGUCUCUCACUCUUUCUCUUCCUUCCUUCCUUUCUUCCUUUCCUCUUUCUUCUUCCUUCCUUCCAUCCUUCAUCAGACAAGGUCUCACUCUGUCGCCCAGGCUAGAGUGCAAUAGCACGAUCACAGCUCACUGCAGCCUCAAACCCUGUGCUCAAGUGGUCCUCCCACCUCAGUCCCUCAAGUCGUUUUUAAACUUGUUUGUAGAGAUGGGUCUCACUAUAUUGCCCAGGCUUGCCUCAAACUUCUAGUCUCAAGGGAUUCUCCUGACAGCCUCCCAAAGUGCUGGGAUUACAGGCGUGAGCCUCUGCCCUGGCCUGCUCUUCUUUGUCUAGCCAGGCUAGGGGGACAUAAGUGGAGAGACUCAUAUUUAUUUGAGUUGCUUGCUUUAUUCUCUAUGUGAUAAUUUCCUUCUUUCCAACUUCCUCAUGCCCUCCUCAGCCUCCUCUUGGCUUCUGUGUGUGGGUAAAAGUGCUUCACUACACCUUAUGCUUUGGGUGUCAUUCAUUUUAUUUUUUUGUUUUGUUUUGUUUUGUUUUGAGAUGGAGUCUCACUCUCUUGCCCAGGCAACAGAGUACAGUGGCACCAUCUCAGCUCACUGCAACCUCCUCCUCCCAGGUUCAAGCGAUUCUCCUGCCUCAGCCUUCUGAGUAACUGGGAUUACAGGUGCCUGCCACCAUGCCCUGCUAAUGUUUGUAUUUUUAGUAGAGAUCGGGUUUCACCAUGCUGGCCAGGCUGGUCUCCAACUCCUGACGUCAGGUGAUCUGCCUGCCUCGGCCUCCCAAAGUGCUGGGGUGACAGGUAUGAGCCACCAUGCCCAGCUGUGGGUCUCAUUCAUUUUACUUGGAUCCCAAAUCCACUGGCGGUUCAGGUGCCCAAUCAUUCUCAGCGUUCUAUGAUCACAGGCCUCAGAGAGCAGUUCACCCAGUGGCCCUCAAAUUAUGGUUUCCGUAGGAGGCUAUUAAAACUUGAUUUCUGAGAGGAAAAUUGGGGAUUUUGUGUUUUCCCUUUUAGACUUGAGUGUUCUGUUACCGUGGGUGAGCUCUUCUAGAAACUUCCAAGCAGUUUCAAAGGGCAUUUAGGUGUCAUCAGGAAGUGUGGUUAUUUGAUGACAUUACAUUUGGGCUUUAGAAAAACAGCUUGUCUCCUGUUUUAUUUAUUCCUUGAUGGCUUUUUUUUUUUUUUUUUUGAGAUGGAGUCUCACUCAGCUGCCCAGGCUGGAGUGCAGUGGCGCAAUAUUUGCUCAUUGAAAACUCCUCCUUCCGGGUUCAAGCAAUUCUCGUGCCUCAGCUGGGAUUACAGGCGCCCGCCACAGUGGGGACAAACACCGUUUUCCCAAGAAUGCAUCAAAGGGCGGGGGGAACUACAGUUGCUUGGUGCACGCUUUGAAUUCCACCGUUUAAUCCUGAGGUCAGCAACCUUUUUGACACCAAAGGACUGGUUUCGUGGAAUGGAACACUGUCUCCAGAGACUGAGCGCAGUGGGGGUUGGGGGGGCGUUUUCGAGAUGAUUCCAAUGCGUUACAUUUACCUGCGCUUUUUAUUUCUAUUAUUAUUACAUUGUAAUAUAAAAUGAAAUAAUUAUACAGCUCACCAUAAUGUAGCAUCCGUGGGAGCCCUCAGCUUGUUUUCCUGCAAAUAGACGGUCCCAUCUGGCGGUGGUGGGAGACAGUGACAGAUCAUCAGGCAUUAGAGUCUCAUAAGGAGCGCGCAACCGGGAUCUCUCACAUGCGCAGUUCACAGUACGGUUCACGCAUGCGCAGUUCACAAUAGGGUUCUCGCUCCUACGCUGUUCAUCUGACAGGAGGCAGAGCUCUGGUGGCGACGUGAACAAUGUGAACAAUGAACCAUGUAGAUACAGAGGAAGCCUCCAUCGCUCGCCCGCUGCUCACCUGUGGCCCGGUUCCUGACUGCCUGGUUUGAAACUAGACUGGGCAACAUGGCAAAACCCCAUCUGUACAACAAAUACAAGAAUUAGCUGAGUGUGGAUCACAGGUGUGUGCCUGUAGUCCCAGCUACUUGAGAGUUUAAGGUGAGAGGAUGGAGUGAGCCUAAGAGGUUUAUUCUUUAAUGACUUUUUUUUUGUUUUAAGAUGGAGUCUCACUCUGCCGCCCAGGCUGGAGUGCAGUGGUGCAAUCUCUGUUCACUGAAACCUCCUCUUCCCGGGUUCAAGCAAUUCUCCUGCCUCAGCCUCCCAAGUAGCAGAGAUUACAGUGUGCCACCACACCCAGCUAAUGUUUGUAUUUUUUAGUAGAGACGGGGUUUCACCAUGUUGGCCAGGCUGGUCUUGAACUGCUGAUCGCAAGUGAUCCACCCGUCUUGGCCUCCCAAAGUGCUGGGAUGACAGGCGUGAGCCACCGCACCUGGCCUUCCUUUGACUCUUUGAGUUGUUUCCUUUUGGGAAAGAGGUGAAUGUGGGGUUGAUGGGAAUGUGGAGAGACUGGAUUCAGAUGCAAAUGCACACAUACCGGUGUCUGGCCAUGAUCUUCCGGGACUCAGCUGUGGGAUCCUGGAGGGCAUUUCUGCCUCCUGUGCAGCUGCAGUGAGUUAUGAUCGCACCCACUACACUCCAGCCUGGGUUACAGAAUGAGCCUCUGCCUCUCAAUUCCCUGGAUGGGAGGGGGAGGUGUGGGGAACCCCUAGUUGAAUCCAUCCAACCCUGUCUUCCCCAUGAAAUAUAGAAAGUUGUGAGUGAUGUUUUGUGCAUCGUCCUCUCCAGAACUCAAGUUAGCCCAAGGGGCCGCAAUGGUUACCUUCUGCAUAUAGGGAAACUGAGGCACAUAAAGCCGAGCCACGUGACCAGGAAGUAGCUGUGUCUGCUUGAAACUCAGGUCUGUCUGAUGCCAUGAUUUUUUUGCACUCCACAUGCUGAUGAUUGAAGCUGUGGCUCGCAGGUCUGAUGGGAGAGUCUCAGGCAGUGUCUCACUCUGUCACCCAGGCUGCAGUGCUGUCAUGGGAUCAUAGCUCACUGCAACUUUGACUAAUCCAUCCUCCUACCUCAGACUCCCAAGUAGCUGGGACUACAGGUGUCCACCACAAUGCCCUCCUAACUUUUGUAUUAUUUGUAGAGAUGGGGAGGUCUUGCCAUGUUGCCCAGGCUGGUCUUGAACUCCUGACCUCAAGUGAUCCUCUGGCCUCAGUGUCCCAAAGUGCUGGGAUUACUGGCAUGAGACAGCCACUGCAGGAGGCCAAGAGAGCAGAUUUGGACAAUGUAAAAUUUCUCUGGACUACUCCUACUGUCCCCAUCUUAGGCCUGGCUGCUGUGGGACUGACAGGCAUUGAGGCUGUCCAUCUCUUCCUUAGCUUGAUUGCAUAACAGAGAUGAGAAAGGAAGGUGAGAACUCAGUUAGAAAGUUGGCAUUUGGCUCUCUGGUUGUUCAAGGCAAGAAAGUAACACGUUGGCUUUUAUAGAAUAACCUUCUGAGGAAAUUAACAACCCAGGCAUUUCAGCCCCCUGUGAAUUUGCCAGGACCAUGGUAGCAAUUUGUAAUGAAAUGUUCUUGCAGGCCCAGUGCUGAGAUCUCUCUGUCUACCCUUUAGGCUGUGGAACAGUCUGUUCUAACCAUCAGGUUGUAUCUGGAGCUCAGAUACUGCCCGACACUCCGUAGGCGCUCAGAUCUGUUGACAGAGGCCACUAGAGGAUUCUAGAGGAUGGGACCAGCAACCGGAGGUGUUUUGCUGUCUAGUAAACUUUUUCUUUUCUUUGUUUUUUUGAGAUGGAGUUUCACUUUUGUCAGGCUGGAGUGCAGUGGUACAAUCUUGGCUCACUGUAACCUCCGUCUCCCGGAUUCAAGUGAUUCUCCUGCCUCAGCCUCCCAAGUAGCCAGUAUUACAUGCACCUCCCAUCACACCCAGAUAAUUUUUGUAUUUUUAGUAGAGAUGGAGUUUUAUUGUGUUGGCCAGGCUGGUCUCGAACUCCUGAUCUCAACUUAUCUGCCCACCUUGACCUCCCAAAGUGUUAGGAUUACAGGCGUGAGCCACCAUGCCCGGCUUUACCCAUCUUUCUUACACGAUGAUAUCCAGCAGCCAGUCUGAUAGAGAAGCAUCGUUUAUCUUUAUUUUCCUUCUUGCAUUUUCCCUGCAGAGGUGCCCGGGCUCAGUAGCAUAAAUCCAGGUGGAGCCAGGAAGUUCCAGGUGUCUGGGCUGUUUGCUCCCAUGGACAAAGAGCUGCAAAGUGGGGCUGAUUAGCCAGUGAAGUCUGAGGAUCCAGAGGAAAACUUACUCCUUUCUCUUGCUGAAAUACACAUGGGCAAGAAAUGGACCUCACCCCUAAUCAGAGAACUUCACACUUUUUUCUAAUAGAAUAGCAGUGUCUGAAGUGUAUACACAGGGAGUGCCCACCCUGGGUAAAGAAGGCCAUGAGGCUCCUGGCAUGGAGAUGACACACAGAGCCUCUCAUAACUUCUAGAAUGGAAAAUAACGCAGUCAUUCCAGGCCACGUGCUGUGGCUCACAGCUGUAAACCAGCAGAUUGGGAGGCCGAGGCGGGUCUAUCACCUGAAGUCAAGACUUCAAGUCCAGCCUGGCCAACAUGGUGAAAUCCUGUCUUUUCUAAAAAUACAAAAUAAAAUAAAAUUAGCUGAGCUUGGUGGUGGGCACCUGUAAUCCCUGCUACUCAGGAGGCUGAGGCAGGAGAAUUGUUGAACCUGGGAGGCAGAGGUUGCAGUGAGCGAGGAGCCUGUAAUCUCAGCUACUUGGGAGGCUAAGGCAGAAGAAUUCCUUGAACCUGGGAGGCAGAGGUUGCAGUGAGCCAAGAUUGCACCACUGCACUCCAGCUUGCACCCAGGAACAAAACUCUGUUCCCCCCGCCGGAAAAAAAAGAAAAAAGAAAUUAGAGCAGUCAUUCUGGCUUUUAGGAACCCACAGAAUCAGGAAAUAAGCUACAAGUUGUCUCCCUUUUGUCACGAUGGCAUUUGAAAUAGGUGCAUUUCUGUCUGACUUGUGAUUCUGUUUCAUGGUGCCCCUGCAGACAUUCAGUACGUCCUCAGGUGGACUCAUGUCCUUCAGGAGUUGAGGAAAUGUUCUCCAUUCCCUGUCUCUGUUCCUAGACUCUGCCAGCUCAUGCACGCAGCAGCUCCCAGGAAACCGUCAACCUGUGGGUGUUCAAAACCACCAUAUCCUUGUUACUGAAAAGCCAUCAGUCAUGUGAGCUGAACUUUCUUAUGGUUAAGACUGUCCCCAGGGAAACCCGCCUUGCAAUUCAGACCCUCGUCGGAGAUCAAGUCCAAACUCUCUCAUCCUGUUCCCACUUCCUUGUUUCCAAGGAGGCUGUGGUUCUCUCUCUCUCUGCCACUUGGAAAUUGUCAAAUUGUCAUGCCUAAUUCCAAAAAUGACACAGAAAACUUAAACACCUGGCUAAAUUUAAACAGAAAAAUAAGCCAAGAAUUCAAAGGCACAAGGCAUUUUCAGGAAGAGAGGGAGAGCUUUAGCAUUGUUUGAAGGGAUGAUCUUUUUUUCUUUGUUAUUAUACUUUAAGUCCUGGGGUACAUGUGCAGAUUGUGUAGGUUUGUUCCGUAGGUAUACAUGUGCCAUGGUGGUUUGCUGCAUCCAUCCCCCCGUCAUCCAUAUUAGGUAUUGUUCCUAAUGUAGCCCUCCCCAAUCCCUCCAACCCCUGCUAUUCCUCCCAUAGCCCCCCACCCCCAGACUGGCCCUGGUGUGUGAUGCUCCCCUCCCUACAUCCAUGUGUUCUCAUUGUUCAACACCCACUUAUGAGUGAGAACAUAUGGUGUUUGCUUUUCUGUUCUUGUGUCAAUUUGCUGAGAAUGAUGGUUCCAGCUUCAUCCAUGGCCCUGCAAAAACCAUGAACUCAUCCUUUUUUCUGGCUGCAUAGUAUUCCAUGGUGUAUAUAUACCACGAUUUUCUUCAUUUAGCCUAUCUUUGGUGGGCAUUUGGGUUGGUUCCAAGUCGUUGCUAUUGUGAACAGUGCUGCAAUAAACAUACGUGUGCAUGUGUCUUUAUAA